CCUCCCGCAGCCAAUGGCUUCGGCAUACCUGAGCGGCGCAGCCCAAUCGAGGCUUUGGUGGGCGGGGCGGCGGGGGUGAGCCGCCUCCGUGCUCUGAGGAGAGACUUCUGUGGUGGAGGUUGUUGUCGGCGGCGGCGGCAGAGAUGGAGCCGUCGGGCUGGAUGCGCGCCGGGAUCCUCCUGCUGUUGGCGGCCCCGCUCUACGGCCGCGAGCUCCGCUUCGGAGCGGGAGCGCCGCCGCGGGUCCGGCGGGCCGAAUCCGAGGGAGUGUGUGGCCCGCGAGACGGCGGCUUUGAUUUGGAGGUGCUGGGCAACAGCACCCACCAGGUGAGAAGAGAGGGAGCGGCGAAGGAGGCGAAGGCGGACGCGGCUGGGGGGGGGGGUCUCUCUGGCCGGUGAGGGGAGAGGCAGGUGAGGGACGCGGGCUGGAGCUUGACGCAGGUGCGGGGAGGGAGACGCACCUGAGGCAGCGUCAGCCUUGGCCUCGCCUCGGCGCCCCAGAACUCUCACAGUCGGCGCCUCUGAGCAUGUGCAGAGUGCGUUUCGCUGACAGCCACGUAAGAUACGGCAGCAGUUUUUCAGGGUGGGACUGGGCUCCCAGGCCGGUUAACAACGUUGCUCAAAAGGAGGGUUGAGCCCAACCACCUCUCUCUGAGGAAGCAGGCAGCAUUAAGAAGCUGGAGUGUGCCUGUUUGUGUUGGAGUGGUGUGAUGCAGCUCAUAUGUGGAGAGGAGGAGAGAGAGAGCCACACCUGUAGAAGUGAGAGUGCAGAAUGUCCAGGUAGUUGUGUAAGGACGAGAGGGACUGGAAGCAGGACAGAUGGAGAAAGGAUGCAAAAGGAAUGGGUGGACUCUCCACUUUCCCCAAAUCAAAUGAGCACCCUCAGGACUGCUUUGAGGCUUUAAAAUGUGGCAGAAGCUGAUCAAUGGCCUCCUCUGCCUCAUUUGGUUUGGUCCUGAGAGCAUUUUCCCCCACGUUUGUGGGACCUUCAUAGCUGAGAAUCAUUGACAUUCACAGACUAAAGGCUAGUUUACAACACUGCACACAGCCCCUGCGUUUUGUGUUAAAUGCUGUGUUCAGUAUACGGGGCUGACAUUCAUGUGACCAGCUGCAGUUGCAUGGCAGGAAGUUUCUAGAGUUUGACACCAACCCAUUUCCCCAAAGCUCACUGCUAUACAUGUGAACAAGCCCUAAAUUGGUGUGUUUAGAUGGUGGAACUUUUUCUGAAGGGGUUCAACUUCAGUUGGCUCUGCAGCAAAUAUUCAUUGGCCGCCCUGCAAAAAUCUGCCUCUUGUUAGUUUUGUAGUCUGUUGCACAAGGAUUCCCUUCAGAAUAAACAAGUUCUGCUUGAUAGUCUGCAUUUAGUGACUACAUAAAUCAGGGCAUACUGGUGCAUAAACAGUUCACCUGAAUCUACCACAUAUGGACUUGGCACACAAUUUAACUAUUAUUUGCUGUGCUAACUUAAAAGCUGCUGAAAGUGGAUUUAGGGUUGACAUGGCAAAAUCCCUUUGAAUUGUUAGUUGAGCUUAUGCUGAAACACUCAUACAACUGCUUCACUGAGUGAUGAGUAUUACAUAACUCUUGUUGUAGCAAUUGGCUUGUGAAUUGCCCCUGACUAGGAGGAAGAAAGAUGUAGGAGAUGGAUGUUAACCAAAUAAUAUGGCUUUGUUGCCUGACUCCUAAGUAUGAGUAAUAUGGCUGGGGUUGUUCCCUGUUAUAUCAACCUGCCCAAAUUGGACUCUGUAAUAUCUGGAUGGAACAGAAAUGUGUGCUCCCUUGUCAUGUGUCUCAAAAAGGGAGUAUUACUGUACUUUACUAAUCCCUACCAGCCAGCUGCUCUCAGAGAAAGUUUAUUGAUGGUAUGAGUGGCAAUUAACUCAAACCAAUUUCCUCAUUUUUAGCCAAUCAUUUCUUACUACAACAACCUUAGAAUCUUCAAGUUAACUUUAUAGCCUUUUUGUUAAGAAAGAAAGAAGUUACUGGUUAUUCCUCCCCCUUGAUCUCAUUACUUUCUUAACUAUGCAUCACCAUUUAUUUUCCUUGGCUGACUACGCAUUUCUUAAAACUGAAUUCUGAAAAAAACAAGUUUCUGCUUCCUUUCUCUUUUUCCUGCUUUACAUUUUCUUCUGCUUGGUAGGUCUACUAUUUCUUAUAUCCCUCAAGCUUGUAAUUUUGGUGUUGCAUUGGAGUCUUAAUUUCUCUCCCAGUACUCACUCAGCUGCUAAAUUUCAUGGUUUUUAUCUUGGUUAUUUUUAUAACAUUCACAAUUAUCUCUGUCUUGAUGCAACCAAUAAUUUUGUGUUCAUUCUUGUUAUCUCUUUAAUAAGUUGCAACACCUUUUGCUUAGGCCUCUUCUCUCAAAUCUUUCUUUUGUUAAACUCACAAUAAUUUUAUUGUUGUUGUGACCAUGUUACUCAUUUUAUCUCCAUUAAUUUUGCUUUUUCUCUCUACUGCCGUGUUUUUUUUGCUUUUCUCUUGACCUCUGUUAAACCAAAAUUAUAUUCUGUUAAACCAAAAUUAUAUCCUCCCAGUUCCAUGCAUUCUCAUUUGCUGCUCCCUACCAUUGGAACUUUUUUUUUUAAACCGGAUGUUUGCCUAGCUCCUUCUGUUGGUGUGUUUAAAAACAAAAUAAGUUGAGUAUUUGCUGUGUCAUUUAACUAAUCAUGCACAUCUUUCUUUCCUCUCCAUUCCCCUUGCCUUACUUAAAUGGUAAGCCUCUUGUUGUAUAAACACUAAGUGAUAAAUAGUAGCACAAUAGUAGAUUACAUGCCUUAUAGCCUCUUGUUUUUGUGCCCCAUAAUGUGUUUUGGAGCCAAUAAAUUCAUUGCUUUAACAGGGUUCUCAAAGGGGGUGGGAUAAUCUUUUUAUAAAAUGUGAGGAAGUUUUUCCUAGGGUUGAGCCUAAAUAUUAUCCUCCUGUAAAUUAAACCAAUUAGAUCUAGUCCUGCCGUCUGGGGAAGUAACAAACUCCUCCAUGCCCUCUUCCAUGUGACAGCCAUUCAGUGAGUCUGAAGGGUGCUGUCAUGUCUUCUUUGUCUUCUCUUCUCUAAACUAAACAUGCCUAGUUCCUUCGACUAGGGCUGCCAUAUUUAAAAAAGUAAAAACCAGGACACCCCCAAAUUGUUGAGCUUGUUUUUAGGAAACCACCGAAAUUGUGGUGUUUUUAGACAAACUUUUUUUAGACAAAUGCCAAAUUGUGAUCUGGGACAUUUCGGAAAUUCCCCCCGGACGUCAUUUCCAACUUUGAAAUCCCAGAAAUGUCUGGGAAAAUCUGGUUGUAGGGCAGCCCUACUUCAACCUUAACUAACAGGACUUGUUUUCUUUAUUCUGCUCACCAUCUUCGUUUCCCUGUUCUGAGUCCAUUUUAGUUUGUUUACAUUCUUCCUGAGGGGUGUUGCCCACGUUGUGGUCUCAAAUUUCAGCAGCACCCUGUGCAACACCAAAAAUUGGUGCUUCCCCCCCGCCCUUUGCACUCCAUUCUAAAUCAGAGUUGCAGCUUCCCCUGUGGCACCCCUGAAGCUCAGUGUGACUGAAUUGGUCGUGCUCCCGUAAAUCCGCCUCUGGUGUCCAGAACCAUACACUGUGUUCAGAAGGAGGUCUGACUACCGCAGAAUAAGGUGGAAGAGUACAAAGUGCUAAACCGUCCCUCCCUUUCCACCCCACAAUCUCCAGCAAACUUUUUUACUUCUCAUGAAGCAAGUUUUAAGUCAUUACAUAUGCCUUGAGUGUUCAUCCCUCUUUCUUCAAUUAACCUGCUUGGCUAUAAACUGAUGAUUAUGCUGAUGAUUGUGGUGAAUUGUAAUUCCUUCAGAGACUUUAAUCUGGGUGGAUCAGGAAGAACGCUCCAAUCACAGAAAAUAGGGAGAGUUUCAUAAGCUCAUCAGACAAGCAGGAGUUUUGUUGUAGUAAUCUGCUGGGGGAGCUGGAUAAGUUUUACCCCUCUUCUCAUGUUCUGUUCCUGAUCACAAUGACAAUGCACAUUUCUUUCUCAGUGGAUUUCUCAUAGCUUAGCUUUUCAACUGAAAUGUAUUGCUCCUAAGAGGGGAAAGGGCCAUAUUUCCUUUCCCUGAGACAUAGAUAACAGCUGCUAUGCUGUUUAUAUACUGUAGUUCUAAAUAAUAUUGCAUGAAUGAGCUAAAACUCUGGUAGAAGCAGUAAACUACUAUAUCACAGGGCAAAUGUAAUGAUACCAUGAAAUAAAGAUUAAGAGGAUGCUGCUGGAUUUGGUGAACCUGAAAAUCUUAUCUGCCCUGAUCAUUUCCUGUUAGCAAUGUUUAAAUCCCUGUUAUAGUCUUCCCCACGUAGCAGUUUAUGCUGUAUUUCCCCUCAACAUUUGAUACUGUUUGUAAAAUGAAGAUAAAAAAUGUGUCAAUUUGAGAAGAAGAGUGCCCAACACCAACUGUUCUCUGCUUUUCUAAUAUAAUUGGGUGUUGUAAUUUUGCUACUCCACCCUUCAUCCCACCCCCCCACCUACCACACAGGACUGUCUUGCUUAUGGUUUGUUAUAUUGCCAUAUUUGCAUAGGUACAUGUACAAUUAUCUUAACUCAUCACAGGUCUGUCUAGUGCUACAGUUUGUCAGCAUGAGAAUCCUAUAAGCAGGAAGACACUGAUUAAUUGAAUGAAUAAACAAUUUAAACAACGCAUAAAACCUAAAAGUACUGUUGAUUAUUUAAAACAUAAAAGAAAAUCUGAUUAUUCCAACUCAGCACCCAUUUACCAAGUGGAAUGAGAGGAAUGCCAAUAUAUAUUUAUUUUAUAGAUUUUUAUGGUUACUUGCAUGCAUUUUUAUUUAUUUUGCAUUCAUCAUCUGGCCAUUUUACAGAGCAAAAUGUUUCUAAGGUAUUUGAAAAUCACACUAAUGCACAUUAUCAGAGCAUUAAGGUCUAUCUAAAACAGCUGGUCUAUAUAUAAUCCAAAAUUGUAGAAAUAAUGUUCAGUUUUUCUCCAAGACACUUUCUGAGAGACACUAUAGGUUCUCAUUCUAUGCAUUCACAGCUGAUUUGAAAUAGGAAGAAUUCAAAACAAACAAAACUUCUGUUUCAUACUUCUUCAUGGCCAAGGCACCAAGAAGCCCUCACUGUUUAUUUCUCUUUUUAAAUAGAAUGGAGAAGACAAGGAAGUGGGAAUGGUACAAGCAGAUGCUUAUUUGUGCUGCAUUAGAUCUUGCCUGCUGAGAAUGCAUUCAAAAUGCAUUCUUUACAAUGAGCUGGCUGUUUGUUUCCUGAACCUGCCAUAUACACAGAAAGAUCCCAGGAUUUAUUUAUUUAAAUACACUUCUUGCCCUCUUGGGUACUUAGGUUUAGGAUAGUUUACAUUUUAAAAAUGUUUCUCAGUUGAUACAAAUUCUCCUGAAACCUCAUGGUGUAAUGUGAAAUUCAGUAGCCAAUAGUAGUUUUCACCUACUUCUGUUCCUUUCAGCCACUCUACCCCAAGAUUAAACCUCCAUUCUCCAGUUCUGUCUUCCCUAGCUCUCAUAUCUCUUGUGCCAAAAUGUAACAAACAGGAAUGAAUUGAGUGUUCAAUGUUAACUUAAUGUCUUCUGUCUUCAGUAGAACUUUGCAAGGUGGAGACUAGUAUUUGUUACCUAAUGUACAUCAACUUGAAAUUCUUGAAUGUUGAUUAAACCAAUCUUUUUGAGAAUCUUAGCUGAAGAAAUAAGUUAUUCACUUCUAGUCCACAAAGCUUUUUCCCCUUUUAGUACAAAGCUUCUGUGAGGCUUGGUUCUAUAAUAAACAAGUGUCAUAAGAAUUUGGUGUCUCAGCACAAGAAAUAAUGUGUACUGUAAUUGUUUUCUUUUGGUGUCUGUUUUGUCAUCACUGUGAUAGAAUAGAUGGUGCCUGUUGGAGACUAGAGAGCCAUUCUUGGCUCUGAUACUUUCCUUUUGGGCUUUUGCACAUUUAAAAGGAGUGAAUUGCAAAAGCUGAUUUCAUCUUCAGCCCUCUGGCUCCAGUUUUGGAUCAAGUGUAUUCUUCAUAUCUCUGGGGACCUUCACUCAUACAGGUGCAUACAGUUGAAACUCUCAUUACCAUAAGAACUUUUACGUACAGGAGAGAUUCCAUUAUACUCCUCCUUUAGUGGCUUUAGCGCAUUUAUGUGCAGUUUUGGUUUUUUGAUCCCCCCACCCCCAAAAGCCUCUAUUGAUUGGAAUCCGAUUUAGUGUUUUAUGUCACUUACAUUCAUUCACCAAAAUUCAAAAACAAUCUUAUGAACUGGAUAAAUGGCUUUUCCAGUAGCCAAAUAUAUUUGGACGGAAAUAUUUGACUAGGGGAAACAUGCAAAAAAGUGCACUUAAUGUGGCUUAAAUGUUAAAGGUAAAGGGACCCCUGACCAUUAGGUCUAGUCGUGGCCGACUCUGGGGUUGUGGCACUCAUCUCGCUUUAUUGGCCGAGGGAGCCAGCGUACAGCUUCUGGGUCAUGUGGCCAGCAUGACUAAGCCCCUUCUGGCAAACCAGAGCAGUGCACGGAAACACCAUUUACCUUCCUGCUGGAGCAGUACCUAUUUAUCUACUUGCACUUUGAUGUGCUUUUGAACUGCUAGGUUGGCAGGAGCAGGGACUGAGCAAUGGGAGCUCACCCCGUCGCGGGGAUUCGAACCGCCGACCUUCCGAUUGGCAAGUCCUAGGAUCUGUGGUUUAACCCACAGCACCACCCGUUACGUUCCAUAAAUUCAACAUUUAGCUAGGAAAUUACUUUUACAGCCAUACCUCGGCAUGCAAACGUUGCGGGUUGCGCGUUUUCGGGUUGCGGACCGCGCCAAACCCGGAAGUACUGGAACAGGUUACUUCUGGGUUUCAAUGCUCAUGCAUGCGCAGAAGCACAAAAUGAUGUCACACGCAUGCGCAGAAGCGCCAAAUCGCAUCACGCGCGUGUGCAGUUGUAGCACUGCAGGUUGUGAACGUGCCUCCUGCACAGAUCACGUUUGCAACCCGAGGUAUGACUGUAUUUGAAAUACUUGUAAGAUAAGACAAAGCAAUUAAAUAACAUACUUUUACCUUGUUUAAAAUUUGUUUUUCAUAACAGUUUUGACUGCUUUCAUUGAACGUGCUAUUAUAUUUAUUUCCUUGGUAUAAAUGAUCUAAUUACAUCUGUAAAAAUCUAUCUAGUUUGACUGGUAUUGUAUUAAUUAUUUUAUAAAGGAGUUGCAUUUUUAAAUAAAAAAAUUAUAUUGAAAAAAUGUAGCAGUGGAAAAUUUUGUACCCCGCAUCACUCAUAUGAAGCAGAGGACUUUAUAUAGUGUAGUGUCUGUCCAAGAAGAGUGUUGAGUGUGCCAAAUGCUGCUGUUCCUUCAAAGAUAUCCUUUCCCAGGUCAAUGUUGUGAUUAUUCUUAAAUCCUGUAUUUCUACUUGGGUACAAACACAUGCCUCUUUCUCAAUAAAACUUCCUAGGUACUGACCUCCCCCGUCCCAUUGCAACAUGUAUACAUGCACAGUAAAAAAAAAAAAAAGUCCAACUAAAGGUUAGGCCACUCUGAUACCUAAUCCUGCAAACCUUUGAUGGCUGGUCUUAUACAAUAGCUCUUACAAUGUUCUGCUUUCUGAAAGUUAACUUGAGAAAAGUUGCUUAUCACAUAUAUAGAAGGUCCUGUGAUGUUUAGAGCACAUGUUGGGCGCAAUAACUUAAGUCUAAUUCUCACUGAUAUACGGUAAUCUAGAAUGAACCUUCUGGUAUGCUUAUCAGGAGAAUCCCUGUUAAUUCCCUUGUUGCAAGCAGCUCAUUUUAUUUUGCAAUAUGGCGUGAUUAUUCAAAUAUGAUUACAAGUCUCUACUCCUAAUAAUAAUUUCACUUUGUUGUGAAUGCUAUAUGUGAAGAUUGCUUAUAACCUCAGAUGCUGACAGUGGGUGAUAUCCAACUAAGAUGUACUCAGAGGAGCCCCAUUAAAAUCAAGAGUUGGGGCUUAUCCACACUUACCUUUUGCCCUGUUCUUUCCAGGAAGAGGUCUGUGCUUAAAUGCUCUUAUGUCUAAGCAUCCCCACCCCCUGGCGACCUUUCCGUGCAAAAACCCGCUCUUUAAAGCUCAAUCGGUGCAAGAAUCAAUUCAGGUUUUCCGUGGAUUAACAUUUGCUCCAGUUGAUCUUUAAAGAGUGAGUUUUCAUGGGGAAAGCUCUAGAGCAAAAAAAGGGCAUGUACUAAACUACUGUUAAGUCUUGUUGACAAUAGUGGAGAAGGAAUCAAUUUUUCAUGCUCAUUCUUUGCUGGAUUGGGAUGUAGACAUAAUAGGGCGGUUCUAUAGAAAUACACCAUUUUGUUACAUAGUAUGUGACCCUAAAGCUAUUUUUAAUAAAAGCCAUAGUCAAACUUGAACAACUUACUGUAUUUUUAGAUCCCUGAUUAGUCAUACCAUACUAUGAAGCUGAAGUUGGUUUAAUAACUGAACGGGAAAGUAGUGUAUAGAUUCUAGUGUAAGUUAUACCAAAAGUUGUGCAUUAAUGUUUCCUAUUUGUGUGACUUCACAGUGAACUAACCUCAUGUUGCCACUUUAGUUGCCAUUUUCAGUCAUGUUGGGUUGCUGUUGUGCCCCAUCUUGACUUUCUCUAUAUUACCUGUGCUUUUGUUUUUUUCAUAAUCCAGAAAGAUGGUGGUAUCUGGUCAGCAUGUUCUCCACAUAAUUUUCUGUGGCUUUUUGUGUUAAAAAAGAGUAUUCUUUUUGUGGGGAAGGUAUGAGUUUUGUUCCACUGCCACAUAUUGUUGUAAACGUGAAAAGAUCAAAAGCAAAAUUGGGAUUGUAAUGCAUAACUAAUGGCUCUUCCAAUGGAGUGGAAUGGAAAAAGAUAUUGACAAAAGCCAGUUGACAUCCCUUUUAACCUCUGAGAGCCCAUCUAUUAUAGACAGGGUUGGCAUGUCACAGUAAGUUGUACUGUGGCUUCUUGAAAUUACAUGGACUCCUGGAGAGGAGCUCACAGCUGAUUUGAUUCUCCCUGCUCCUUUUUACUGCAGCUCUGCACUUAGCUAAAACUCAGUACAUAACGCUAGGGUUUUGUUUUGUUUAGUCUUGGCAUGUUGCUAGAACUCUCUAGGUAACCAUGAACUCUCACCAAGGUUUGUUCUUUGCUUACUGUUUCACAUGAAGCAGCCCAUAACAAAGGAGCAGUAGUUGAUCAACCUGCUUUUGCACACAGUCUCAACAAAAUACUGCUUGAUUUUUGCUAUUUGCCUAGUAUAUCUUCACCAGAUUCUGUAGAGAGAGGUACUCCACUUGCUUUUUUUUUUUUUAAUGAAGUGAGAUGCAAAGCUGUUGGUGAUUUGUGUAGACCUGUCCUGAAAUAUUCCCUGCUUCGCCAGUGGCAAAUGACAUUUCACAAAUGCAACUAGCAACACUUGCUGUAUCAUAGUAUAGUGAACAUCUGGUGCAGAGGCAAGUAAUAAGAAUUGAGUCCUAGUGUUGAAGCUUCCAGUUUUGGGAAAUACCUACUUCAGUAUAGAAAAUGUUUUAGAACCUUGUAAGAACUACCGUUUAUGGUCACUGAUACAAAAGCUGCUUAGGACAGUGCUAUGUGCCAUGACUCCUGUGAAAAGUGCCAGUAUUUCAUGCAGCAAAUGUAACCAGUGUGAAAGCAAUACAGUGGACGCUCGGGUUGCGAACGUGAUCUAUGCGGGAAGCACGUUUGCAACCCCCUCAGCGUUCGCAACCCGCAGCGUCAUUUAUGCGCAUGCACGGGUCGUGAUUCGGCACUUCUGCGCAUGCGCAAAGCAUGAUUUAGUGCUUCUGCGCAUGCGCAAAGCACGAUUUAGUGCUUCUGUGCAUGCACAAGCACCGAAACCCAGAAGUAACCCAUUCCGGUACUUCCGGGUACGGCGUGGUACGCAACCUGAAAUCGCACAACCCGAAGCGCCUGUAACCCAAGGUAUGACUGUGCAUCCAUAAUGUACUCAGUGCAAGACAUGCACUCUGUCUGUCACACAUGUGCACAUGCCUUGAAAGUCGGAUUAAAACAGCCUUCCCAGGUGCAUUUUGACCCCCAUACUUAACAGCAUGGGGCAUUUAUACUGUCAGCUCACAUAACAUUUGUGUUGAUGCUGCUGGCAAAAGUGUUUGGUUUUAAAACUGCAUUAUGUAAGACUAUCUAAAAGGAAAUAACAUUUCCCCUCCUAUCCAACGGUUUGCAUAUAUAUAUGUAGGGGCUUUCAUUUUUUCCUGUAAAAUGGAAUUGCACACAUCAUACUAUGGACAUUACUCUUGUUCAUAGAAGAGAAUAAGAAAAUCAUGUAAUUCAUGCCAUUCUGUGCAUUACUGCAUUAGAUUCUAAUGAUUAGAGCAACAUCCUUGUCCCAUAUUUGAAAAGCAAAACAAUACAUGGAAAACACAAGAAAAUGAGAAGUAGUCCAUAUGGCAAUGCGACAUAAGAGAGAGAUACUUGGGAAUGCUGUGUGCUUAAAUAUGUAAAGCAACCUUGGUUUUCCUAGAAAUCGUUUUGCAAUCAUAUCCAAUCUAACCUUAGUUUCAAAACAAUUGUAAGCCAUGAUGGCUUCACCUUUAAUAAGAUGGGCAGUGUCCAUGAAUUCUGGCUCAGUUUGUUGGACAGACCGGUUUUUCAGGGUUUGAACAAGUUUCUGGGUGUGCUGAACUUCCUUGCAAUUAAAUAGCUAUCCAAUGUGCUGUAGAAGAAACAGGGCAGCAGUGUAUGUUACCAAACACUUGGAGAAACACAUAUUUGCCAAGAUCAUUAUGGUAAUAUUGGGGGGUUCUUUUUCUCUCCCCACUCCACCCCCACCUCAGCCACCACGCUGAACUUACUUCUGGCCCUGGACUUGGCUGUAGCACAGAAACCAAGAAGAAGCAUUGGGUGGGGAAUGUUUAAGCAUUUUCCUUGUUUCCAUGUUAACAUUACAAGGCAACUGCAGGGUUGGGGAUUCCAUUAUUGCCUCUCAAGGUGUAGUUAUGCUCACAGUUGACUAAAUGAAAAGAUAGACUAGUUUUGUCUAAAAUAAUUUCAUUUUCUUCUGCUGGUCUGGGGAAGAAACUAUAGCUGAACAUAUCUUGGUCACUAAAUAUUUGCAGUAGAAGGAGAGAAGAUUGUUCUUUGUGGUCUCUGUGGAGUCCCAUGUAUGGGUUCUGUGCUUAUACCCAGCCAAAGUCUAGGACUUUCUAGAGCAGGGCUGGGAACUUGUGGCCGUUCAGAUGUUGUUGGACUGCAACUUGUUCCUGACCGUUGGCUAGGUUGGCUGGGGCUAAUGGGAGUUGGAGUCCAACAUCAUCUGGAGGGCUACAGGUUCCUCAUCCUUGCUCUAGGGCUAGAUGAUUAAUAUUUUUGGUGGGAGGCCUGCACUCUGGGCAUAUUCUCAGGAGGACCAUGACCCUUGCAUUCCCAUUCAAUUCCUCCAUGGCUGCAGCAGAUUAAACUUUCUUUUUUCCCCCCAGGAGGAACGUUAAAAUCUAGAUUCCUUUCUCUUUUCUCUUGUUCAGUCUACAAUGAGUUUCAUUUUGUUUCUUUUGGUGAUUCCCUGUGCUUGUUCGUGUUUCCGUUAGUGUUGACAGGAGUCUUAUGAUACAGUGAUCUCUCUCUCAAUGAAUAUUUUAUUGAUAGAAUGCUCUAUUUGUAGCAGUAGUUCCUUCAUUUGGACACUACUGCUGCCACCUUUGCAUUAAUGAGUGGCACAUUGUGACACCUUCCCUCUUUGUCAAAAGUUCACAAGGCAGACACACAGACAGGUCUGUCUUGGCUUUCUAUGACCUUCUGGUAGCCGAUUCUUGUGAUGAAUUCUGAGGCUCAAGUUAUCAGGGCUCCACUGUGACAUAACUCUGCUGCAUCUCAAUCCUUUCACUCUUGCCACUGACAGCGGGUGGUGCUGUGGGUUAAACCAUAGAGCCUAGGGCUUGCUGAUCAGAAGGUUGGCGGUUCGAAUCCCCAUGACGGGGUGAGCUCCCGUUGCUCGGUUCCUGCUCCUGCCAACCUAGCAGUUCGAAAGCAUGUCAAAGUGCAAGUAGAUAAAUAGGUACUGCUCCAGCGGGAAGGUAAACGCCGUUUCCGUGCGCUGCUCUGGUUCGCCAGAAGGGGCUUAGUCAUACUGGCCACAUGACCCGGAAGCUGUAUGCUGGCUCCCUUGGCCAAUAAAGCGAGAUGAGCGCCGCAACCCCAGAGUUGUCCGCGACUGGACCUAAUGGUCAGGGGGUACCUUUACCUUUACUGACAGCUGAAUCUGCCUUGGUGGAUUGUUGCAAGUGCUGUGGUGGUUUCCUCUAGUGAAAUUAAGACACUGUCCAGUGUGGCAGUUGGCAUACCCUCUACAACAAGUGUGCCUCUGGUCUUACUUAGUGCUGACUGGUUUGGUAUCAACAUUUCUCCCAAACCUUGUUGUGGAGACAGUUGCUCUGAUGCUUUGACUUGACUCAUCAGGUGUGGAAGUCCAAGUGCAUACCUUGGUAAAGAUAUCGGCCUAGGAAUUCACCUUGGAGGAACUUUCCCCAUUGCUGGACAAGUACAUUGACACAAGUACAUUGGAAUGAAUGGCCAAUGAUAAGUUGUCAUAUUUGUCACUGAAAGCAUUACUGAAAAAUAAAAGAAGAAGGGCAAGGGAAGUAGGGGAUUAUCUCAGAACCAGCAUCUCUAGAGAUGGUUUCUACUCAGUCUUCUGCUGUGUUCAGGCUAUUACUAUCUCAGAUCUUAAAGAAGCUCCAGUACAUGUCUCCACUGAGGGUGAAGUUCAGGAUCAAACCCUUUCUGAAUGGAGGAUUCACUCACUUUGACAGUUCCACCAUCAUUCCUGGUUCUGUGAUUACUACUCUCUGCAGCAUAGCUGUUCCCAAAGGGUUUUUGUCCUUCCCCCAAAUGAGGAAGUCCUCACAUGCUUCCUGGUCUUGCUUCUAGUACAGAUUGCUGCCACUUUGACCCCUGGUUGUCCCUGGGAUCCUAUUGUCAGGAAACAUUCUCAUUAUUCGUACUGUGAUCUCUGUUGUCCUUCAGUACCAUAGAAAAUUUUUGGAGCGAUAGUGUAUACUAUGGAUUAUGAACUAUGCCAUUACGUGUCCACUUUUAACUGGGGACUACUUUCCACAUUGAUCACAUGACCUUCAAAGUUACUCUCACCUCAUUUGAGGCAUUGGGAGUGAUGCUGGCAAACAUUUGAUAUGAAGGGUUUGGGCGAAGGAAUCUGGUCAAGGAUAUCUUGCUGAUCUAUUCUAACACUAUUGGCCUUUUAGAUGAAGGUUCUUUCCUAUAGGAAUAGGAACUUUACUAGUGCUUUUAGCACUUUACUAGUGCUAUCUGUAUUACCAAACAAUGUUCUUGCCUUCCUCCAUGUUAUGGAUGGGAGUGGGACUAACUGUUGGGAGGUUGCAGGGCUGAAAAUUUAAUUGUAGGAGUUCUGGGUAUGAGCACUGGGGAACGUGGACACAUCUAAAGAAGGAAAAAGGAAUAAAAGUAAAACAGUUUAAAUAACUGACCGGAUAAUAAAAAUGUUCUGAGUAGAUAAAUAUAUUAGAAGCUGGUUUGUAGUGAUGUUAUAGGCACCAUUUACUCCAUCACUUUGCAUUAGCAUCUUUACCGCAACUCCAGCAACCCUAAUCUCUCCCCGCUGCAUGCAAGCAGUAUAGGCUACUUUGUUUCAGUAGAGCUGAAGAGGAAUUCCUCCACUAGUCCUUGCUAGACGAGUAUUAUCUUUGCUGGGUCUAAAACAGGCUCCAUGAUUUUACAAUAUGUUCUAGUGUCCCUGAAACAUUGUGAAGCUGAGCUGCUAAUGGCCCUGCUUUGUGAAUGUUGUGGUGAUUGGCAAAAUAAAGUGCUAAGUUGUGAUUUUCCUUUCUCACUGAAUGUUAACUGAGUUAUCAGCAGUAUGUGUAAAGAAUCCAAGACAACAAUAUUCUUUAAAUGUUUGUUUUGUUGUAGAUCUUUCAUUCUGUAGCUACUCUUCUAAAGAUAUUACUAUUUUAUUUUGGACAUAUUUCACAACAUUUAUAUACUGUUUGAAUGUAAACCUCAAAAUGGUUUACAUAUAAACUUGCUGGGCUCUCUUGUAUAGGUAAUCCUUCACUGUGGUUGCAGUGAUCUGGAUGCAGUAUUUAUGUCUCUCAGCACCUAUAAUGUACCUUUUAGUGCAGUAUCUGAUUUGAAUUAGUAUUCAAACUUGUUAAUAAUGCAAGACUUCUGUUCCAAUUUUUGGUUCCGUUGUUUUUGCUUGUGAAUUACCACUUGAUCAUUGAUCUUCAUGUGGAAAUGUGAGGAACUGAGACAUAAGUCCUGCCUACAGUGGGAGAGAAAUUAAUCUUUCAUAAUUAUGGAGCGCAGUAGCAUUACUGCUGUCACUCGACUGUUCAGCACACUAUCUGUUCUUGUAAGUACCACAAUGGGUGAUGUGAUUAAAAUACAGCUUAAUUCCCAGAGUAUAUAACCUCAUAAAUUAGUGUUGCUAAGGAGGGGCAAUAAUAUUAUAAAACCAGAUGAGAGUAUUGGCUUUAUGCAAUGGAAUUAAAACAAUUUCCCCACUGUAUUCGUAGUUGCUGUUGUUAUUUAUUGAGUUUAUAUACUGCCCGAUACCUGGAGGUCUCAGGGUGGUUUAUUAUUGAGAAGUAGCAGGCAGAAUUAGCAUAAGAGCAACAAAGCAAAGUUUUACUUAAAUUCAAUUUAAUUUGAGAUGUUCUAGUUCUGUCUUUUUUUAAACUAAAAAAUGUUAAACUUCGUAAUAAGACCAUUUCCCCCACACGUCCACAACCUGGGCAAAUUAGCACUGAGCAAGUCAUUAAUAGCUUUUAGAUAAGGAUUAGACAAGAUCAUGGCCAACCAGAUACCUGUGAGGAAACCCACAAGCAGGAGACCCCCAAGGCCUGCAGAAAACUCUCCUACUAGAUGCAGAGGUUUAGCAUGCUCCAUUGCUGAUAAAGAUUCAGAUCCUGGAUAUGUGACUACUAGGUGCAAACAUGGGGUUGUUAAUAAAUAGUUAUCCUUUAUUAGGCAUAGCAAACCACACAUUAUCAAACAGACACCGUAUACAAAUUGUGCAAAAUACGAGCUCAACAUAACAAGGUUUGUCCCGGUCAAUCUUUAACUCCAGAGAAAAUCAAUUUGCAUAAAUAAUACAGUAUACAGCACUACCUCCCCUACUUUAAAGACAUCUCCGCUCCUUAGGAAUGUUGAGCAAAGAGCAACGAUAAACACAACCCCAAUUAACUCCAUAGUAGAGGAAAUUGAAGAAAAAACAAACAGUAUUCAAGAUUUGAUGCGUGACCUGAACAAGCCUAGGGCAAACCCCCAUGAACCUGCUAACGUGAGCAACAGGAAUACAAACAAUGAUAGGUCUGGGAAAGAGGAGAUACUGGCCUUUCUACAGGAGGAAUCCCCGGUAAGAGACUCACCCAACCAAGAAAGGUGUUUGCAGACCAAGGGACUGGAUCCAACUAUACGCCGAAUCAAUAUGUAUGAUACUAUAGAUAAUCCAUCUACACCUCUCCAUAGAACAGACUUUGCCCACAGUUAUGGAGGAGGAGCAAGCAUGAUCAGAAACUACACAAAUGUAGUUUGAACUCAAUCAGAAGAUGCACAUUGGGAAGCUGGUCACUCCGAGCGCUGAGCUGCGAUUGCCCCCAGACGAGGACCAACCAGAAACCUUCCCGAUAGAUAACAUGGGGUUGUUUCAAUACCUCAUUUUCAAGUGAUGGCAUCCAGCAUAGUUCCCCUGAUCUAAUUACUCUUUUGUUUAUAUUCCUCCAAGAAAAUAUGUUGAUAGAACCUCAUUGGAAAGCCAGAUAGUGUAGUUCUAUUUGUUUGUGCCCUCACUGUUUGUUUGUGCUUCUUGGCUUCUUCAGUGGAGCAGCCAACAUUGUUGAGCUUCUGUUAAAGUUUUAGGGGCAGGCUUUGGUUUGGAGGGCGAUGGAACCUCAGUUUAUUGAGUACUUUCAACGCUUUUCUAUAAUUUUUGCCCCCCUUGGCUACGUCCAUGAUCACACAUCAUUUAAUUACAAUAAUAGGAUACAUACAAUGGAAGACACUUUAUUAUAGAGAUUGUUUUCAGUAUUUGAAUAUUGGGAUGUUUGCUAUUUCCUUUCUUCUUAUUGUACACCCACAUAAAUGCAUAUUUCCAUAGUCUCUCCUUGCCUGUCUCUUGGUUGUGUGAUGGAGAGCUGAUUACUCUCAAAGUGGUAGUGAUUAUUUAGCCUGACAGCAAAGUAAUAUGUUGGAAGUUAGUUGGUGGUGGACUGGACAAAGUAUUAAAACUUCCAGUACUGUUGGGAAUCAUCUUUGAGGGAAAAUUAGUUCCUGUGUGGAAUGCCUUUUAACCUUUUAAUAAAAUUUAAGGUGCAUAUUUGCACAUCAACAUACUCCACAUUGUUAUUUGUCAGUAACUGAAAAACAAAUAGUUAAAAAUAAAAUUCAGUAUGAUUAAUAAUCAAUUAUUACCAAUAUAUUCUAUUAUAUAUAUGCUUUAUAGGGGUUAGUUAAAUACAUCUUCUAAUCCAAAUUAAAUAUGUGAAAUAAUAAAAAAUAUGUGGGCUUGAUUAUAAAUAGAAUAACUACUUUCCUAUAUCAUGAAUAAAUGCAACCUAUUCCCUUCUGUGAGAUUUCUAAUUCUUUCUUUAGGAUGGUUACCAAGUUCCAGCAGUAUAACAUCUGUAAACCUUUCACUAGCUUUAGUGCUUAAAGUUAAUUUUAUUAUGCUUAAUUGUUUCCCAAGAUUCAUUAACAGACCCAUCUUACUAGGUCCCCAAGUGCUUUACAUGACUUUGCCUCUAUGUGGAGUGUUUUCAUGAGUGUGGUGAGGCAACAGCACAAUCUAUACUGUGGGUAUUCUCCAAGUCUUGAUUGAAAAUAGCCUUUGAGGCAGACAGUUAGAUGUGAAUUGUGCUUAAUGUAUUUUUCCAUCCGUCUAACUUGUUGGCUUUCAGAAAAACAUGGUCAGAAGCCUGCUGAAUCGGUUACUAGAACUGGAGACUCCUGGAUCACUUAAGUAUCUGGAAUUGCCAAUACCACUAAACUGAAAGCUCUUUGGGAUACAAAUUGUAAAAAAUAAAUAAAGGUGCUGUGCUCUCAGCUGACACCCAUCUUGUUUGGGAACAUAUGGAUUUGACAGCUCUUGAAAAUAUAAUUGGGGAGACCUCACAUGUCCUUAACUGCCCAGUUGAUUUCUUGCAUAUCAAACUUGGGUCAGAAGCUUCCCUAAUUUGUUUUCGAAUGUUGCCAACAGGACUGACAGAACCAUCUGCCUUCCGUUUAAUUAAUUAAUUAAAUUUGUAUACCGCCCUAUAUCUUUAGAUCUCAGGGCGGCUCACAACAUGAAAUUGUUCAUGGCACAACACUCCUGAUAACAUACUUGUAGGGUCAGAUAAUAUCUGUUAGGAAAGUCAGUGAGUGCUCUGAGAUGUGAUUGAUCCACUGUUGCCCCUCUGUAAUUACAUCUGGCAGGAGCUUGUUUUUCCAGAUUUGUGGGGAUGAUUUGGCACUGGUCGCCUCCAGACUGUAUUUUGUGGGAGAUUCUGUCACAUACCAGAUUUGCUCAGUUAAAGUAGACUAAAGUGCACUAGCACAACAAACCCACUUUAAAGAAAACUGAACUUUUUGUGAUAAGGAGAGUGACAGAAAAAGGAUAAUGAUCAAUUAAUGAGAAGUCAUAUUACCACCGCACAAACAAAUCAGGGUGAAGUCUCAUCAUAUACUGAAUUCCAUAUAGCCUCCACGCAAACAAAUCAGAAUGAAUAUCCAAUAAGUUGCAGAUACUAUAUAACAGGUCUAGGCAAACUCCGGCUCUCCAGAUGUUUGGGACUACAAUUCCCAUCAUCCCUAGCUAACAGGACCAGUGGUCAGGGAUGAUGAGAAUUGUAGUCCUAAACAUCUGGAGGGCCAGAGUUUGCCUAUGCCAGCUAUAUAACCUUUCUGUGCAAGUUUUGUGCAAACAAAUCAGGAUAAAUUUUCAAUAAACAGGUCAUAUGGAAAUGACCAUUGUUACCUAUAAGUAAUAGAUUAGCAUCCUAAUUUAUUAUUGGAAAUUUUUGAUUGAAGCGUAGUGCAGAAAUAUUUUGAGUAAAUGAUACAAGAACUCAGUUUUCUUGUACUGACAUAUUUAAUUUUUGAAUUUAUGAAGGGUAGAUUAGUAAAAAUAUGGGAGGAAAAGAAACAGCCCUUUUAAAUUGAAGUAUUACAUUCCAAGUGUUUAACUUGAACGUUUUGAUAGACAAGCAAUUCUCAGUUUGUCUGAAGGCAACUAGCCAUUAUAGCAAAGGCUAAGAUCCCAGAUUAUUUGGACUGUAAAGUGGUGAUGGACAUUGAGUGUGAAAAUAUUGUUGAAUAACAUGGGUAUUGUUUCUGACAUCACAGGAGACACACAUUGCUAAUGCUGCUUAUGAAUGUGUCUAAGUUAUUGUGCAAUUAAUAAACAUCCAUUUUAUCUGUAUUCUUCUUUCUUGCUCCAUUUCUUUCACCGAAAGCUCUUUCUUAGUUUGCCUGUGCUGCUGAUUCUUAAUUUUAACUCGGUCAGUAGUUUGACACUUCUCAGCAUCGCUAAACAUAUCUCUGAACCAGAUAUGGUUUCGAAUCAUGGAAGUGCAUUGACAUUGCCCCUUCUGUGUCUUUAUUGAAGGAGCAGUUUGUACACAAAUAGUUCUUAGCAGCCUCUCCCUUCUUCAGACUAGUUACUAAUUACAGCCAUGUUUCCGUAGCUAAGAAGGGUAAUUUAACCCCCUAGCAUCUAAUGAUCAGUUUCUCACUCAGUUCUGCUUUCAUAGCUGAUGCAGUUUCUUUGCUUACCUCUUUCUUUUAUUGCUGUUUGUGCAUAGCAUAUUACAGGAUGCAGUUUUUGGUAACCUUGCUCUGUGCCUUGAAAGUAAAAUAAUUUCAGUAAUCUGCAAGGAAGUCUGGCACAUAUCUGGCCCUGGCCAUACAAGCUGACUCUGAUUCACAUGCUUUGUUUUGGGAAGUUUCCACCCUUGCUGAAACUUGUUUGUGCCUCUUCUACCUCACUGUGUGGAGAAAGUGAUGGCUGAAUUGCUGUCCGACCUAGAGAUAUGAAGACUUGGUGGAAAACAAGGGAGGAAUGGUUUUCUCUGCUCCUCCACCAACGGGCCAGGAAUAGUACUAAUGUAGAAAACAACAUUCUGAAAGAGAUGCUGGUUGAAAUAAUUUGGAAAUAAGUGGUUUGGAAUUACGGGUUGUUUCCAAAGGUUUCUUUCCUUCAGAGAGAGAGAAUAAGCUGCAAAUCUCCUUUGGGAGAAAGGGUAGGAAAGAAAUUAAGGGUUGAACCCAACUUAAGUCAUGCUCAUAGCAGAUCCAUUGAAAUCAUUACAAACGGCUAACUUAGGUCCAUUGAUUUUAAUGGGUCUAUUCUGAAUUUGACAUAGUUGGUUUCCACCACAAAUAAAUAAAAUAUUUUUUGGACCCAAAAUUCAAAGAUAGCAAAUAACAUUGCUACUGUGUGACCAAAGUAGGAAACAUAUGCUUUGUUAAAUUAGUAUACUGAUACUUGCAUAUUGCGGUAAGCCAUAGUUUGAAACAAACUAGGACUUACUAUGAAUGAGCAACGUGCUGGUACACGUUGCUUAAGUCACACACCCUUGUCCCUCCUCCUUUCUUUACCAACCCAGAAAGAAAGAAACUGUGUUGCAUGCGGAUCAUGUGAUCGGCUUAGUGCUACAUGUGAAUCAGGACUGUUGGUUUGUUUCCACACAAACCACAAGAGAAAUUCAAGGCUUGUGUGUUUAUUUUAUGCAGCGGCGUAGCGUGGGUUGUCAGCACCCGGGGCAAGGCAAGUAAUUUGCGCCCCCUAACCCCUAACCUGCCGCCGCUGCAAGCUUCUUCUUGCUGCUGCCUGGUCUGGUCUGGUGUGGUUCUCUCCCGCGCUCAGCGCUGCGCUGGGCGGCCGCUGCACUGUCCCUCCCCCAGAUAGUCCCUCGCUCUCUCUCCGCACCGCACGCCUGGCACCCACCCCCUCCAUAGUGGGCGGCAACCCAGCGGCUCGGAUCGGAUUCGCACAGCCAGCACUGCAGUGAGAGAGAGUGAGUGAGCCAGGUAGGGGCAGAGAGCUGCAAGUGCGAGCGCGCCCCCCCCAGAUGUUGCGCCCGGUGCGGCCGGCCCCCCCUGCACCCCCCACGCUACGCCACUGAUUCUAUGGCUUUCCAUUAUGGUUGAAAAUGAUCAUUAUCUCUCCAGCAUCCCAGUUUGUCUGCAGAAAAAUGGGGGUUAAUAUUGGAUCUCCAGGGACAUGCAUCCAAGUGAAGUUGUUCCUUUGUCCUUGUCAUAAAGGGAAAGUGUAUGGUUAAACCUCAUACCCAGUUGUCACUUCUCUUUGAAAUAAAACAUCGCAACAACUCUAUGAGCUGAGGUACUGCAUCACGUUGUACUUCUCCGACAUGCAUAUUAAUAUCUAAGUUGUAAAAUACCAUUUAGAAAAUAUUCUAGUAUCUUCCCACUGACCUUUGAUUUGGUACAGAAAAGAAUAAACAUCACAAGCCUUGUAGAUGUCAAUUCUUAUAUCAAAAUAAUUGCUUGUGGAAGUAAUGGUGCAGGUUUUUUUUGAAAAGUUUCAAUCUUGCUUGCCAUCACACAGCCAAUAUAUUCCACCAGUUUAUCCAUUGCCGCUGUUCCCAGUCUUUAAACAGAAUUCUCUCAAUACUGAAGGAUUAGGAUCUUUCCAGUUCAUAGUGAUGGAUAACUUAGCAGCUACUAUUAAAUUCAAAACUAAUGCUGUUCCUGAAGUUCAGAAUAUUUCAGAUAUCUCAAUAUUUAACAGGUUGCAAGGCAAGCUGUUACUUGACUCCCAGUUUCAUUUGUGUAAAACUUGAGCAUGUGACCCUAGGGAAAGCAUUUUUGAAAACACACUGUGGUCUGCAAUAGUUAUUGUCCUUUCUCUUUUCCCCGGGGAACCAACAAUUGCAACUGGAUUCUUGAGCACGAUAGCUCAUCUUGUUUGCUUUCUAAUCAAUGUGACCUGGAAAAGCAGCAUUUCUAGCACACAUAUUUUUUCAUGAUACUUUUUGGCUGCUUUCACAGAUCUGCACUGAUAUUGGAAGAUUUUGAAGGUUAGCUCUAGUAUAUACUCCUAGUGAUGCAGUUGGUAAGGCAGGGCUUGGUUGGCCAGCCUUCUAUUUUCUAGUUUACAGCAGUGUCUGCAGCCUGGCUAGCUUUUCAGACACCUUUUAACUGAAUAACUUUCUAAAGAAAUGCCUGAAGCAGCUAAUAUUAUAGUGAUAUUCUGUUAUAUCUUACUCCAAUAAGACCCAUGUAUCUUAAAUAGAACCCAGUAAGGCAGACAUGUAUGUACAAAAUAUUUUUUUAAUGUGAUCCCAUUGAUAUCCCAAGAUGAAAUUGUGCAGGUAGCUCUUAGAAAUGUUAAAUAAUCAAUACAAAUCAUUGAAAAAUUGUAAUCAUAUUAAUUUUUAAAUCCCUUGAAAAAAAUUUAAAUUUUUAAAAUUACCGUAUUUUUCGCACCAUAGGACGCACCGGACAAUAGGACGCACCUUAUUUUAGAGGGGGGAGAACAAGAAAAAAAAAAUCUCCCCCUCUCUGCCCAGUGCCCCGUCAGCGAAGCAGCAGGAGGCGCUGCGCAGAGAGGGGGAGAAUUUCCCCCCUCUUGUUUUCCCCCUCUAAAACAAGGUGCCGUUUAAGGUGCGUUCAGUCGCCUUCAGGCGGCUACCUUGGAAGCCUGGAGAGCGAGAGGGGUCGGUGUGCACCGACCCCUCUCACUCUCCAGGCCUCAGGUUCCUUUCGACCUGCUCUUUGGGGCUGGUGGGGGGAAGCCCAUCACCAGCCCCAAAGAGCAGGUCGGGGAGCAGUGGAAAGGCGUGCAGCGGAGAGGCUGCUGCCAUAGUCGCGCGUCACCUCUCCAGCUGGGAGAGGGUCACGGGGCUAUGGCUUCUUUAGCCCUGCGCGCGCUCUCCCAGCUGGAGAGGUGGCGCGCGGCUAUAGAGGCUGCUGCAAUAGCCGCGCGUCACCUCUCCAGCCGGCAGAGGAUCGCGGGGCCUAACUACUGUUCAGUUCAAAAUUGCCCACUCCAAGCUGCUUUUUCCCCCAGAGGAGUGGGGAAGGGAAACUAUGGGGACUAUUUCCCUUUUUGUCCUCUGCCUGAAAAAAGUAGUUCGGGAGAGGUGAUUUCAAACUAAAAAAGGACAAGUGUUAAGCAGCACACCUUUCAUGUGCUCAGACUGGUAGGCUCCUUUAGUUUUAAAAGCAAACAAACCAUGGAGGAAAGAAUCUGAACUUGGCAUACCAUGUUGCUUGAGCCUUGGCUACAUCAUGACAGAAUAAUGCUGUUUGCUUUUGUACAUGUGUCAAAGGUGCUUCAUUAGUAAGUUCUGUUGUUUCUUUCAUCUAUUCUCCAUUGUUGUUAUUUUAAACUGGAGUAAUUUUUUAAUUGCUGUGAAGGAAGCCUUAAUUUAAAUGUGUCAUUCACCUACAUUUAAGCAAAAUCAAAAUUUUGCAAAGUCAAAGAAUAAUACAUGUGUGAAAAGAAAUGACAUUCUAUUUUAGGGUAACUUAUGCCUAAUUAAUGCCCUUCCACCGCAUGGAUAUUUAUGAUUUGCUGGAGGCUCUAGGUGUCCAACAGAACUAUGAGAUGGAAGAAGGGUGUUAAAGCUUUUAAAUGGCCCCAGGGUCUUGUCCAGGAGCUGUCAAGACUCUUUGGUGUGGUGUGACUCUGAACUCAGGCUUCUGGUUUAGCAAUGGCAUACAGAUAGCAUAGAAUAAAUAAUCAUGGUAGGCACCUUGAGUACACUGAAAGGACAGUAAGCUUCUUGUAACAGAUAUGUUAGAAGUAACAGAUGUGCAGCUUGUUUUGCUUUUAGGACAAUGAGCCAUUAUGUGUUUUAUAUAUGUAAACCACCAUGUGAUCUUUGGAUGAAGGGCAGUACAGAAAUUUAAUAAAUAAAAUAAUAAUAAUAAUACAGUGGUAACUCGGGUUACAUACGCUUCAGGUUACAGACUCCGCUAAUCCAGAAAUAGUACCUCAGGUUAAGAACUUUGCUUCAGGAUGAGAACAGAAAUCGUGCUCCGGUGGCACGGCGGCAUCGGGAGGCCCCAUUAGCUAAAGUGGUGCUUCAGGUUAAGAACAGCUUCAGGUUAAGAAUGGACCUCCGGAAUGAAUUAAGUACUUAACCCGAGGUACCACUGUAAUAGAAGAGUAACCAAAGUGAUCAAAAGCUCCUGGUGGUAACAUACUCAGGGAUUUCCAAGAAUUACAUGGACUGGUUUGAGGAAGUCUCUACAAAUCCAUGAGGCUAGUGCUGCUUCCAGUUUCUCUUCUACACUGAUAGCUACACCUUCAUGGGUUACAGAGACUAAAACUAUAUACAGUACUAUAUUCUGCACCUCUUCCUUAUUGCUUGACAUGUCAGCUUGAGGGAUUUUAUUAUGAACAGGAUUGUGGGAGGAGUCCCUGCAUGAACUCUCUUCCCCAGUUCUAUGGAGUCAGCAAAAAUCCAGUGAUAUCCUGAGUAAAAGGACUGAAGAUCCAUAUGGCAAUAUAUUAAAUGCCAGCAAGACAUAUCUAGGAGAGCUUAUUUUGGGUCAUUUCCUUAUGAGAAUUUCAUCCACUCAAACCCUUGCAUAGGAAAUUAAAUCUAAACCAUAGUAGUACAGAGACGCUGUUGGAUCAGCUUCUGGGUUGUAUGCUGUGUUCCCUGAAGCUCAGUAAGCUAUUAUUUUUCACAUAGGGCACAUAUGAGGCAAUGUGAUUAUAAAGAUCCUAAAUUUGUGUCCAGGAACUGCUUGUUACCAUGAUUAGAGUGAAGGGGAAAUUGGGAGAGACUGUUUCCUUUCUGGCACUGGAUGGAAGACUAGAGGACUGAAUUAUAUUUCUAAUUGCUUUUACAGCGUGUCUUCAAUGAUCUCAGUGGCUCAGUGACUCUAUCCUGGAUUGGUGACAACACUGGGGUAAGUAAUACAGAUAGGUUGAAUGGAUUUUUAAAUAUUAAUUUCGAAAGGAACAAAAGCACAACACGUGAAAUAAUAAUUCCUCCAAGUGCAUGACUCAGUACUCUCAAUAAUGGAUAGUUUUACUUUAAUCUUCCCACAUGGAAAAGUAGGGUUGUUCCUGUUUGAUGGGUCAUGAAUAAUGAUCCUCUUCAGAUGUAGGUGUUGCAAGCCAUUUGGGUUCUUCUUUUAGCUAUUACCUUCCUACUCAUGGCCAAGGAAGAAGGGACACAGUGUAGGUGUUGUGUAUAUUGGGUGACUCACUCUGGAUUUGGUAAGAAGUGUCUAACUGCCCAUCCAGACUUGAGGUGAGAAUUGCUUCAAUACUGAAGUCUUGCAGAGGAGGAGGAAGUACUCACCGCCUCUUUCUUCACAUCCGGCACAGAAAAAUGCAUCUCUCUUUGAAAGUGUAAGCAACAACCAAUGUUCCAGGCAUACUGAAGAAUUGCACUAUAUAGAUAUUGUUGGUUUCUGCUUCCCAUUUCUCCCUCUGCUGCAUCCUGUUGCAUGACUGAUACCAGGUGUCAGUUGAGGGAGAAGGAAGCCUAAUAGAACUAAUAUCUCAGCUGAACUGCCAGAGUGGUCCAGCUGUCCAUCUCUUAAGACUCACCCCUGCCUCCAUUUUUUUUUAAAGUAAACUAUUUAUCAGCAAACUUCCUCUUUUGGUUAGAGUUUAGCUGUUUCUGCUUCUUGCCUAAUGGCUAACAGUGCAAUGCCAGUCAUGGCUACUCAGAAGUAUUUCCUAUUGAAUUCAUUGGGGCUUACUUCCAGGUAAGUGGGGUUUGGAUGACAGCCUUAGAGAAACAUGAUAAGAGCAAGAUAAAAUUGGAUUCGGAAUCCAAUUUUAUGACAGUGUGUGAUAAUUCCAAAAUGCAAUAUGAUGUGCCCUAACUUACCAGGUUUACCAGGCUGCAGAUAUACAAAGGGAUUAUGGUACAAUUUUGGGCUACAGUAACGUCUUUUAUUUUAUAUUGUUCUGUAGUCAGAGAGAUUAGCUAUUAACUAAGAAACCUGUGUCAGGCCAAUUAUGUGUACCAGGGAUUAAGCGAGUUUUUCUCUCUUAGGGAAAAAACACCUUGACACUUCAAGCUAGGAUGUCAAAGCACGGGUGACUUUGUUAAGAAGUAGCUUUUCUAAAAUGUCAUCAAACAGAAUAAAAGAAGUUGCAAAGAUAAGACAUAGCAUUAAAAAAAAUAAAUGCAAAAUGAAUUCUAGUGAAUGUUGGUGUAUUCAGCUGACCUUUAUAAAUCCUUCCACACAAGUUUAUAAUGUUUCUGAAACAUUUUUUAAAAAUGUGUUGUGAUUUGUACUUGUGAUGAAAUAUGCAUGACAGCAACCCAACAUGCCAAAAUAAACCCAAUUAAAAUCGUAAACUUGUGUUAGCUCAGCGAUGUACCCCAAAUAUGUGAAUUUGUCCUUAUUGGGAUGUGAUAGUUACCUGGCUUCUAGACAGUGUGCGUGCUGGCUGUUGUUCUCAGACUAUUGUUGCUAACAGGUUUCUCUCUUUCCAGGUUAUUCUUGUGUUGACCACAUUUCAGAUACCUCUGGUAAUCAUGAGUUUCGGGCAGUCUAAGCUCUACAGAAGGUGAGAGCAUUGUGUUGUGAAAGUCUAUGAACUGAAAUGCACAUUGUAAUGAAGCCAAGAGUUUGCUGCCCAUUCUUAUAUAUGAGGAUUUGUGAGCAGCCUCACAUUGCCUAUGUACAGUGGUUAGGGACAGGGCUUCUAAACUAGUGACAGGUCACCCUCUUUACAAAGCCAGUGAUGAACAGCAGGUUGAAUAAAUGGGCAGUGUUGCAUCCUGAGGUCUGUCCUGUCUUGGGAGAGUCCAACUUUCUGACAUGUAAAGAGGCACAAGCUGACCAAAAGCCCAGGAGCAAUCAUGGAGGGAUUUGCUGGUUUAAUAAUAAGUCAUAUACUAAGUGGUGUAUUCUUUGUCAGAGGCAGUUAUCUCUGCCUUUUAAGCAAUGGAUAUGCUACUUUAUUAUCUAGCUUGCCUUAAGGGACUGUAAAUAAGCCAUCCCCCUUCUGCCUGCCUGUUGGAAAUCCUACAGGAGUAAGCUCCUUACUGACUGCUGCUACUGGUGUCAAGAAGCUUGAGAGGGUUUGAAAAGCUCACCUCUCUUAUAUUUCCCCAUGCUUCCUGUUGGGAUAGAGCUUGUGUGAACCACAGUCCAAACUGCACUUUCUUUAGGUGUGGUUCCUUGCCAGACAGAAGCCAGACAGAUCUUUCCUUCCUUGUUUCUUUGGUGCGGCUGAGCUUCUCUUUUUUAGCAGCUGGAGAAAAUCAGUUGCACCACAAACAGCAAGUCUUAAGAUCAAUUCCCUUUGGCUAGGAGUAGCAUCUGCUGAGAGUGGUGUGCAGUGGUGGCACCCUUUUUCCCAGGAGCAUUGGGAAAGGUAAAGGGCAGCUGAGAAGUUCAGGCACUCACCAAAUUUUGCUGCCCAUUUCGACAGCUGGAAUAGGCUUACAAGUGACCAUGCUUAAGAAUGGCUCACAUAUACAAAGUGUGACAAAUUUAAAAUGCCUGAGAAAGAGAACUGGGAAAGACUCUAGCCUUUGUUAUUAGUUUAGAAAAAGUUUAGGCACUCUUUGCCAUGUGCAGGUCUCUAACUCGAGGCUUCUGAAAGUGUAGGGAUAGCAUGGCUGGGUAGAGUUAGUCUUGCAAGAGGCCAAGACUUCUUAUGGGAGUCUUGGCUAGUUACAUGUGGAACUUGUAGGGUUAGUUUGUACAUUAUGGCUACUAUAUAGAGCAAGGAGCUUCACACUGAACAAGUCCCUCCCUUGGAAUAUUUACCUGGCCCUGCCUUUGUUUUCUUGUAGAUGCCAGGCGAAGUCCAUCCUGCCCUCUUGGGUGUUCCCCAGCACAUGAUUACUUUCACUAGUGUUUCCUCCUUUUAGACUGAAUGCUGUUUUGUGGAUUUUUAGUAACUGGCUGUCGAUAAACAAGCAACUUUCUUUGCUGAGGGGCUUCCCUUUAAUAAAUGAUCAUCCUUGCACCUCCAUUGAUUCCCUGGCUUUGAAGCUGGAAGUGCUUGACGUCACUACCUCAGACGCGUUCCUGUUUAACUCUCUUACAAGUUGCCAAAGAGCUGUAAGCAUGGGCAGUUAGCUCUGGGGAGAUGGUCUACAAACCAAAGUUCAAGGAGGAAGUGCAGGUGUCCAUUUUGAGGAGUUGUAUUAAAACAUUCAAUAUAAAGUGAGUAGGGAAAGUAAUAGGUUACCUUAAAAAAACAGAGCAUAAGCAGCAAUGUUCUAGCUAAUUAAAGACUGAAUACCUUUUUCCAUCUUCAGCUAGUACGCUAGGUAUGGCUGUUCUGGGACAGGGAUAACUUGGCCACAGUUGUGCAUGAUUUGGUAACCCCUGGACUGCACUAUUGCAGUGCACUGCAUGUGGGCCUAUCCCAGAGGUUGGUUUGGAAAUUGCAGCUAGUACAGCCCAGCUUUUGGGCAGAACAGCUCUGCAUCAGCAUAUUACAACAGUGCUGAAAGCCCUGUCCUAGCCACCAGUACAUUUUUCAGCUAGGUACAAGAUACUGUUUUUUUAGUGUACAUAGCCUUAAAUGGCCUAGUACCAGGUUACUUUAAGAACUGCCUUGUACACCAGCCAGAUCACUGUGAUCAUCUGAAGAAGCUGUCCUGCCUGUUUCACAGGUAGGUAUCCUGUAUUAGUUUUUACAUGUUCAGAUGUUGCUACUAUGGUAGGGUUGUCAUACAUCUGGAAUAUCCCAGACAUACCUGGAACACUGCAGGCGGAAGCAGGGUCCAGGCAGAAAAUCCGGGGUAUGGCAACCCAUAUCAGCAUUGUUGUUUUUGCGAUUUUCCCGAAGCUCAACAAUUUUUGUGCCUAGAUUUUUACUUUAUGAAAUAUGGCAAGCCCACAGUAUGGUACUAUGGUCCUGGUGUUUGGGUGAAAAAUUCUUUAAAAAUCUCAACAACUUUGCGAGUGUCAGAAACUUUACUACAAACAUAGGCUCACCACAUUAUUGAAACAAAGGUUACGAGGGCUGUUAAGUGACCUCCACAGGGUGACCAUAAAAUGGUUUGGUUCCUUCUAUCAUUUUUUUGGUGUGUUCUAUUGUUUUAAGAGGCCUCCAGACACAAAUGGCUGCAUCUGCAAAACUAUCCUGUACUGAGGAGCUUUUACACUUACAAUGUCUUUUUUUUUUUUUUGCACUGUAGUGAAGACUAUGGGAAAACUUUCGUAGACAUUACAGAUCUCAUUAACAACACUUUCAUCCGGACAGAAUUUGGAAUGGCCAUUGGACCAGAAAAUUCGGGGAAGGUAGGAUGUGGGCUUUGUUCCUAUUUCUCCAGCUGCUUAACAAGUUUACAGUGUUGCACAAUAUAGCCUAGUUGUCCAUAUCAUAUCAUAUCUAUGGAAUACAGAUUUCUGCCACAAAAUCUCUACCUACCUACCUAUCCACCCUACUCUCCACUGACUUGCUAUAUGAACUUGAGAAAUAGCAUCCUGCUUGAUGCUUCCUGGUUGCAUGUUGGAGCCAUUACCUGCUUUUUCCAGUUUACCUGAUUGUAGAUUAAAUCAAACCGUUACAGUACCUACGCAAUCACACAGUGUUCUAGGCAUGGCUGUGUGAUUUUCACAAAGUCUCGUCCUCAGAGCAGCUCAGUUUCCUUGGCAGAACAUUCUGUAGUGUGCUGUACAAAGUUUGAUCCUAAAGCAGGUUGCAUAAGACAUAUUUCUAAUAGUCAAAUGAUUGGUGGUGGUUUAUAGGGUUUCUACUACUUUUUCUGGACUCGUUAGUUUGCUCCGAAACAGAAAUAAUGUUUACACCAACAUCAUUGGUUUUAUUCGGGUCAUCACUGUUUCCUUUGGUCUUUAUGGGUUUGGUUUAUUCCCACAUGACUUCCAGAUGGAUGUGAGAAAAAAUGUUACAUCCUUUUAGAUUGUAUUAAAAAAAUUAAUGGAGUUCAGCUAAGCACUCAUAUCCUAGUGAAGCAGUCCAUUUGCACAGCAAAUUUGCACAAGGAGCAUAAGCACAAGAAACACUAAGGGUUAGUGAGGAAUUCUGUGAGGAACACAGUUGGGAUUUUGAUUCUGGUUUCUGCCAACUUCAAAACUGCAAUGUUUCAAAUAGCUUCAGGUGACUUCUUUAUUUGUGAUAAACUAGAAGCACAGAUAUGUUGAGAAGGGACACUGAUCUUUAUUUUUCUGACUAGGUGAUACUGACGGGGGACAGACCUAGACCAUACCAUACAGGAAGAAUAUUUCGAUCAUCUGAUUUUGCUAAGAACUUCCAGUUGACAGAUAUUCCUUUCCAUCCUUCAACUCAAAUAAUUUAUCACCCUCAGAAUUCUGAUCUGUUGUUGGCCCUCAGUAUUGAGGUAAGGAUUUGGGAAGAAUAAAGCUGUUGGUUCACUUAUUCACUGGUAAUUUAGGCACUGAAUCUAGGCUCCAAGAAGCCAUUUAGGGCUCCUCCAGACAUCCUUUUUAUUAUGCAUUCAUGAUGAUUUGGACUUACGAUGGUAUUGGGGCUGUUAUCCCUGAUCCCACUUUCAAUACUGUUUAAACCUGAAAAAGUUCUAGAGUGGGUACACUGCUUCAUUUUCAGCUUAUCCCAUAAUGUCCUGUUGAAAUCCUUGUAACCUUUUAUACCACAAAUGUUUUGCUUUAGUUUUUGUCCUGCUUUUAUGAUACUGUAGUGCAAGAGUACUGCUCCAAACAGCAAUAAUGGUGUAAUACUGGGGAAGCAUUGCAGAACAACUAAUAAAGUGGAAUGAUGGAUGGCCCAGUAUCAAUCCACCACAAUUAUUGCAUCAGUGACAUGUUGCAGAAUUCACCCACAAAAAAGCUGCAGUCUGGAGAGGCUCUUAGUGUAUAUUUGAGUGGGUGGGCAGGAGGGCUUGGCUCUUGUGUGACCCCUUGUGGUAAUAAUUGGCAGCGUCAUAGUUUCUGUCUCAUCAAUACAGCAGUUGUACGGUUAUACUUACUGCUUUGCCCUAAGUGCUGUGUUACAUAAUGAAAGUGUGGGGUAUAUUUUAAAUGAAACUCAUUGCAUUGGCUGCAUGAAGCUCUUUUCUAACAGGACUAUGAGAUUCUAUAUAUAGGUGAAUCAAGCUUAUUUAAGAGAUACAGUCUGACUCAGUGGCAGAACUGAAGUACGGAAGCCUCAGCUGGUCAAGAAACUGUGUCCAGACAGUUACUGCCUUCUGUUGUGUUUCUGGCCCCAAUUCAAAGUGUUGAUAAUGAACUUUAAAGUCCUAAAUGAUUUGACACUAGGAUGUUUAAAAGAUUGUCCUCUCCCAUAUGAGCUUUCCUGUCCUUAAAAUCUUUUAUGGAGGUUCUCUUCCAUGUCUCACCAACAUCUGAGUUGUUCUUGGCUGUACACAACUGAGCCUUCUCUGUGGGCUCACCAACACUUCAGUUACUCUCUCAAUGGGAGUCACAUCUUGACCCUUCUCUGAUGGUGUUCCACUGCUGUGCAAAGAUGUGUUUUCCGGCAAAAAAUUGGUCUACCAAAUUGCUAAUCUUAUGCUCUGUGAUAUGUUAGAUAUGUUUUCUCUGCUGCCUCUUUUCUCUGCCUUACUGAUUAUUUUGCAUUUUAUUUUUUAAUAUGUUGGUUGGAUUGUAAACCACCUUGAGCAUUUUCAAUGGAAAUCUGGGCUAAAAUAUUUUUUAAUGAAUAUUUUUAGCUCAGACUUGAAAAUGCUAAGCAGAUGAUGAAUAAUCCUUUCUUAAUGUUUUCAGGGCAGCCUGUGGGUAUCUAAGACCUUUGGUGAGAAAUGGAAAGAAAUACACAAAGAUGUUUGCCUGGCCAAAUGGUGAGCAGCUGAAAAACAAACAUGUUCCCCAGGGAGAGUUAGUAGUUUAAUGUUCUCUUGAUUACACUAGAGCUGGCUGCUUGCAAAAACAGAAAGAUAACUCUCUUCGGGAUGAAAUUCUCUUGGUCCCUAAUAGCCCUUCUUGUGGUCAUGUUUGUAUUGUGUGCUUUUUUGGAAAAGUUGCUGUAAUGCCUUCUGCAUACACUGAUGUUUGCAGUACUUGAACACUUUGCAUAUGCAGGAAGAGCUCUAUAUAAAGGGGCAACUUGGUAGCUGUGUGUUAAAUUUUCCAGCUUUGGAUCAUUUUCACCUUCAGGGUACCAGGGCUGUUUGGAGAGUAGAUCCAAUAGCUUGGCAGUAGAGCACCUGCCUUCUGUAUAGAGGGUCCCAGAUUUCAUCCCUGACUUUUGCAGUUAAGUGGCUCUCUGUUGCCAGUUGUUGAAUUAGCUAACUUCUUUGCUGUCAGGAUUUUGUUCUCAGUGUUCUUCCCCUUGACUUUUUCCAGGGGCUCUGGCAUGACCAUUUUCUUCACCACAUUCCUGAAUGGCUCUUGUAGUAAGUAUUCCCAAGUACAACAAGUAAUAAUGAUACAUGAUAGUUUUUAACAACUCACCUGUGGACAGUCCAUUUCUGAAGAUGGCUUCAAGUGCUGGUUCUCACCCUUUUUAAGCAGUUUGGGAACACAAUGUGUAACGGACACCUUCUCUCACUGAGCAUGCUUAAAUAACACAGUCUUCACCAGAGGCCCUAAUCUAAGCUGGAUGGCUUUAAUCAGUUAUUUUUACUGAUUCUUCUGAUGGUGUUGCUCAAAUUUUGGGUUAUGUUGGGUUAUGUUGAGUUUUAUUUUGUAUUUGGAUACUGUGCUUUAUUAUUAUUAUGAGCCAUCCUUGGAGUUCUGCUAAACCGAAGAGCAGCUUACCUAUGUGUUAAACAAGAUCAGCACUGUGCAGGCUAGCCAGCACCUCAAAUGGACCUAGCAUGGCCCUGCUUUAAAGAAUAAGGCCUUUGAAGCUGUUUUUUUCAUUUGCUCUACAGCACUUUCACACAUUACUCACAUGAAAAGGGCACCACAUGUUGAAGCAGUUGCAGAGUCCAGCUCCUAAGGCCUACCCCCUGCAUGUUUGACCACAGAUGCCUGCAAAAGAGUAGCCUAUGCAAUUAGACUUUUUUUUGCUGCAAGUUUCCAGGCUCAUUGACAUUUCAGGGACAUUGGGGGGGGGGGUUAGGGAUGGGAAACUACAGGCUUAUGGGGCAGUGGUGUGGCCUUGCAACCCCUUCAGUGGAUGAAAUCUCUUUGCUGUGUGUAUUUCAUGAAGAGGGCUUCUCUAUCUCUCUAAUCGGGACAAUGUUCAUAUACUUCCUCUUUCACAAGAAGCUGAUCUUGGGUUACUUGAGCUGAAAAGGACCAAAGACUUUGGGAAGACAUUCAAGACUAUAGGAAGCAAAAUCUACUCCUUUGGUCUUGGAGGACGCUUCCUCUUUGCAUCUGUGAUGACAGAAAAGGUAGGAAAUUCACUGUUCUCUUUUUAUAUUUCCAUAGGCCCCAGGAGUUUAGUUUACAGUGGGUCCCACCCCUCUAUGAUAGAAAGCAAAGGAACCAGUGUUUGAAGAAUGUUGAUGUAUAUUAGUUCAUUUUUAAUGCAAGUGGCUUUUUCUAGUCUGAGGGCCAUUUUCAUCCUUGGCCAACCUUCUAGCUGUAGAAGUGGCCAGAAGUGGCUGACUGAUCAGGCAUCCAGGCCAAGGUUUAGCACCACUGAUUUUUCAGUUUAAUCAGCCCUGUCAGCAGAAACCCUGUGCAAGAACUUCUACUUGCGCAACGGAGCUUCCCUCCCUCAACUCCUGUGCCCCCCAAAAUUUGCUUGGUGGGAUGUCAGGAUAAACCCUCAAACAGUGCAGAAAUGGCAACCUGGAAUGCCUGUACAGAUGGAACGACUGGAAGAGCUUGAUGUUAAAUUCCACUCAGUGAUUUCACUCCUUGAUAACAGUUCACUAUGCAGUGAGGAAGUGCCCCUACAGCUCCCAUCCCAAUAUAUAGUAUCAGGUCGAUAAAUAAGCGAGUUAUUGAAGGGGAUUACUUAUUUAGUAUACUAUCAAGACUAUGUAGUGUGAAUUUCUGGUAUCCGUCAGGAAUAACCUCCUAUAUAAACACCAAUAGUAUGUAGGAUGUGGUAGUAAUUCAACAACACUAUCAUUGCCUUCACUAGGGCAAUACAAGACGAAUCCAUGUGUCAUUGGAUCAUGGAGAAACCUGGAACAUGGCACAACUUCCUUCAGUUGGACAAGAGCAGUUUUACUCUAUCUUGGCAGCUAAUGAUGACAUGGUAUUCAUGCAUGUAGAUGAGCCUGGAGGUGAGAGAAGGGAGUUUGGUGUGGUGUAUACUUAAAAACCGUAAAAAGUUCUGAAUUUCAACAUGCAUUUGAUGUGGGUUGCAAAACUUCGUAUGGUUCAUGAAGAGAACCAGCUCUUAAAAUGUGAAGAUGAACUGUAUAGCAUAUAGGCACCUAAGGUUAAUCCUUGAAAUAACAUAUAUGCACUCAUAAUGAUAAAGCAUUUGAAUCAUACACUUGGUGAAGAGACUGCCAGAUCAUCCCUUAGGGAAGGACAGUUGUAGUUGCGUCCACACACUUGAGACCCCGCUGUUCUCACUCUUGUUCUGUCAAGAACCCUGUGGCCCUGUUCAUUUGCUUCAUAUAGUCCCUAUUUAUUUCCUAAUCCAGUUUAUUGUAAUAGUUUUAGGCAGCUUUGAAAUUGGCAUAAGCAUAGGCCUACCAGCUUUCUAGACCUGGUAAUCUAAAAUUAAUGGUGAUGUUGAUAAUACUGAGAUGAGAGCCCCGUUCCUUAGGGACUCUCUGGAAGACCCUCACCCCCUGCAACCUAUUGUUUUUCUUGCAGAUACUGGGUAUGGGACAAUUUACACCUCUGAUGACCAAGGCAUCAUAUAUUCGAAGUCCCUAGAAAGGCAUCUCUAUACCACCACAGGGGGAGAGACGGACUUCACCAAUGUGACCUCCUUGCGAGGCAUCUACAUCACUAGUGUGCUCUCAGAGGGUCAGUACUCACUUUCUGCAUGGUGUCAUGGGGACUGAUGGAUUCUAGAUUGGCUGUAAUUGAAGAUUGAGGAAUCUGUUAGGAAAGUAGCUGAAACUUUUCAGUGAGAUGGAACUGAGGCAUUUCUUGGAGAUCCAUUUGGGAGAUCCAUAAUGCUUAUGUUUGCUAAUUUGUUUGAAAUAGCUUGUUUUGAAGCUAGGUUUUCUCAUAGGUGUUUUGAGUAAAGGAAACAAUCACGUUACUGUCUUAGUUUGCCGAGGACAAGUUCACUUGUCUUGCAGUACUGGUCUCAAUUCUGCUUUUACGAAGUUAAUAGGAAUCAACAUUGAUCUCUUCCUGUGCUUACUAUGUCUGUUAAUACCCCAUCCUGUAAAGCAGGGAUGGGGGACCUGUGCCUCUUCGUAUAGUCACUUCUUAUCAUUCCCAGCAAGCAUGGUCAAGAGACAGGGAUGAUGGGAAUUGUAGUCCAGCAACAUCUGGAGAGCCACAUGUUUCCCAUGCGUACCAGAGAGUUACUUAGUUUCAGCCCAGGUUGAAUCUCUUUAGACAGUCUGAGUGAAGUAAGGAAGCCAAACUCAUAUGUUAAACUGUGUUGUAAGGCUGACAGUUCCUAUAGAUGGGAAUCAGGAGUGUCUUAUUUGAAGCAGAAAGAUGACACAGGGGCUGGAGCUUUAAUAUCAAGCUGUGAGUACUGGAAAGGUUGUCCCUGAAAUAAUGCCUGAUGACCUGACAUUGAACUCAGCCGGUGUGCUGCAGGAGCCAACCCAAUGAGUCUCAGCAGCGCAGUGUGGGACUAGGUUUGCAGUCUUACUCAAUUUUCGAAGUGUUUGGUCCUCUUUUGCAAGAUGUAUUGUCUUUUUGAAUGCUUGGAAUGUUGCUACAUGACAUGGGAAUAAAAGAAAGCAUCCAUUUUUUUAAUUAUAGCAGGUGGCAUUCAACCUUUAGUGAAAGAAUUUCCACUUGUGCCACAGGGCUCUUCCCCCUCCCCACAUUCCCCCCCACUUCAGCACUUACUCCACACCCUCCCCAGAUAUAAUCCAGAGGGUUGGGGAAACCCAUGGAACAGAUUUAGGGGGCAUAUGGGAGGAGGAGAGGGGGAUAAUGUUCCAUUUCACAGUAAAAUCCUUGCACUGAUGGAAUGCGAGACUUAGCACUGCAUUGGGUUUUACUCAGAGAGUAAGUAUGUUGUAUAGAAUUUAUUGCACAAAUACUUAAAUUUUCUCCUCUCAAUCAGAUAAUUCCAUCCAAUCGGUGAUUACCUUUGAUCAAGGAGGAGAGUGGGUGCACUUGAGGAAACCUGAAAAUGCCAAAUGUGACUCAACCGCCAAAAAUAAGGAAAAGGUUUGUAUGUUUAUAUAUUGGAUGUAGGAUGAUAUUGUCAGGCCAAGUUAUAGUUCUAAGUUACUUGUUUGGAAGUUGGUUCUACUGAAAACUAUGCUUCCUAGUAAAUUGAGUGUAUGACUCAAGUGCAAGAUUAGGGUGUGGUGGUACAGGGUGUGCAAAAUCAUAGUUAGAGACCACAUUUAUAGGUCUUGAAAUAGCAUUAAAUGUAUUAAAGUUGCUGUAGCCUUUGUAAAUAUUCAUUAGGAAAUUGGCUUACCAAUAGUUGUAUUAUCUCAUGUUGCGUGGUUAGUGCAUCUAACUUGCAAUAAAAUUAAAAGUAAAGCAUAUUUUUAGGGAUGUUUUGCAAGAGGAGUGGAAUGCUCAACAAACUUUGUGCAGUGAGCUGGGCCCAAACUAUGCAACAGAAAACAGUUUGUAAUUCAGCCUGAUUUAAAACAACAACAACAGAAGGGAACAGGCUUACGUGUGGAAGAAGCUGCCUUGGGCCAUGUGUUAUUCAAAACACAGUUUGUCAGCUAAUAAAGCUUGGAAGCUUGGGUUCAGUUUGCCUUGGAUUUGCACCAGUAAAGGUUCUCCUUUGUGGCAAUUCUGUUGAAAUUCAAGCAUUUUAGGUUGUUUUGCUUUUAAUAAGUCCAAAUAUGUUAAUGCUUCUCCAUUUUGCCUCCUUUUCUUACUGGGGUUGUCUUGCAUUUACAGUGCAGCCUUCACAUCCAUGCAUCUUACAGCAUCUCCCAGAAGCUGAAUGUACCAAUGGCUCCUCUGUCUGAGCCCAAUGCUGUUGGAAUUGUCAUUGCUCACGGUAAUGAAUUAUCCUUAUGCACAUAUAAUACGAUGUAAGAUAAUUGGCAAAGGAUGAGGCUUUACUUGGAAUUGUCUACUGGUUUCUGUAUUUUACAGAUCUGUUUUUUUCCUUCUACCAGUAAGGGUGGGUGAACCUAGGAAUGAAUACAAGUGGUGGACCUUCAUGAGAGAACUGUAGUGUACUCAUAUCCAUUGUAUUGGCAAUGGCUUUGUGUUGCAGGAAGUGUUGGGGAUGCCAUUUCAAUAAUAAACCCAGAUGUUUACAUUUCGGAUGAUGGCGGCUACACCUGGGCACGGAUGCUUGAAGGACCCCAUCACUAUGCCAUCCUGGAUUCUGGGGGCAUCAUUGUGGCUGUUGAGCAAACGGAUCAUCCUAUCAAUGUGAUUAAGUAUGCAGGAACUUAAUUUUGUUAAUACUUCUGUGGUGGGAGGACAUGAGAAGUUCAGUGCCCACUUCCUCACUGUUACGUCACCUGGAACUAUCCCUAUAGAACAGUGUUACUCAAACUUAAGGGCCCAGCUGUUUGUUGGACUACAGCUCCCAUCAUCCCUAGCUAGUAGGACCAGUGGCCAGGGAUGCUGGGAGUUGUAGUCCAACAACAGCUGGGGACCCAAGUCUAUGAAAUACUGCUGUAGAAUGAUGUAAAGGAAGAAACUGGGUUGCUCUCAAUUUAGAAUUUUUGAAAGGAAUGAGGCUAUCCUAACCACGAAGCUGUUGCCUGAGAGGAGUGAUUUCAGAAGAACCACUAAUUUCUAUCCCUAUUGACAUUUUUAAAACAAGCUCUCGUCCAGAAUAGGCAGACAUAAAUAUGUUUGGAAUUCCAGCUAGGAUAAAAGCAACAGACAGAAGAAGUCCCCGUGCACUUCUCCAUUGCAAAUCACCUUUUCCUGGCACUCAUUUGCAAAGAAGUCAAGUCAUAUAAUUGUAGACUUGGAAGGCACACCAAAGGUCAUCUAGUCCAACCCCAUACAAUGCAGGAAUUACAGUUAAAGCAUCUCUGACAGAUGACCCUCCAGCCUCUGUUUCGAAACCUCCAAUGAAGGAGAGUCCACCACUUUCCAAGGGAAUCAUAGCUCUUAACAGCAGGAAUUUCUUCUAAAGUUUAGUCAUAAUCCCCUUUCUUGUAGUUUGAAUCCAUUGGUUCAGGUCCUAAGGCCCUCUGAAGCAGGAGAAAAAAAGCUUGUUCCCUCUUCCAUGUGACAGCCCUUCAGAUAUUCAAACAUGGCUAUCAUGCCACCCUCUCAGACUCCUCUUUUCCAAGUUAAACACACCCAACUCCCUAAACCAUUCCUCAUAAGGCUUGGUAUCCAGCCCCUUGAUCAUCUUGGUCUCCCUCCUCUGAACAGCUUGUCAAUAUCCUUCUUAAAUUGUGGUGCCCAGAAACAGACACAGUACAGCGGAACCCAAAGUUCUGAUCUGCAAAGUGGCAAGUAAGCAUGUAGUUUAGUCUAAUAUUCCUGUCACCUAUCUUGCAUCCCCAGUAUUUGAGAGUGGCUGCCUUAAGCUUCAUUAGGAUUUCUGUCAGUCUAAAUUAACCACAGUGAUAAUGCCAAACCUCCAUUCCUAAUCUUAUCUGUUUCAGGUUCUCCACAGACGAAGGGCAGUGCUGGCACAACUACGUUUUCAGUAAGGAUCCUAUGACGUUUACUGGCCUGGCAUCAGAGCCAGGAGCAAAAUCGAUGAAUGUUAGCAUCUGGGGAUUUACAGAGAGCUUCCUGUCUCGCCAGUGGAUCUCCUAUACUAUUGACUUUAAUGAUCUUCUCAACAGGGAGUGUGAGUAAUCUCUUCCUCUAUAACAAAUAAGAAUGUUAGCCAGCUGCUUGUCUUCAAAUUGUCUUGACUGUAUCUGUGAAUCUUAAAAAUGUGAUGCGACUAGAGCAGGGGUCAGCAAACUUUUUCAGCAGGGGCCGGUCCACUGUCCCUCAGACCUUGUGGGGGGGCCAGACUAUAUUUGGGGGGGGAAUUAACUAAUUCCAUUUCCCCCUCAAAUUUUUAAAUUAAUUUUCAAAAAAAAAAAUUAAACAAACAAACAAACAAACAAACAAACAUAAAUCUCCACCGUAUUUAGGCCAAUCUUUGUAAUAUUGUUAAGUGACUUCCUCGUAUCCCCCGGUUGAGUUUCAGUGUAUAUCAUUUUAACGGUUUUCCAAAACCAAUAUUAUUAUAAAAUUAACUUAAUCACUUAACAUCUUUCUUUCCAAUUUGGCAUUAAACAUAUUGUUUCAUCACAUUACAUAUUUAAAUCCUAAACCUAUCUGAUAUUUGCAAGCUUUUCCAAUUAAAUUAACUUAACAUAUUUAACUAAAUAGUCUUUAAAUUUCGUCCAUUCCUCCUGGUAAUCCUCCUUCUGGUCACGGACUCUUCCAGUAAGGUUGGCUAGCUCCGAAAAGUCCAUCAUCUUCAUCUGCCAAUCUUCCACUGUUGGUACUUUUUGUGUUUUCCAAUUCUUGGCUAAUAAAAUUUGAGCAGCAGUUGUGGCAUACAAAAAUAGUUUAACAUCUUUUUUGGGCAAUUCCAAACCUGUUAUUCCAAGAAGAAAGGCCUCUGGUUUCUUAUUAAAUGUGUAUUUCAACAUUUUUUUCAAUUCGUUAUAAAUCUUCUCCCAGAAGUCUUUCACCUUGGGGCAGGUCUACCACAUAUGAUAGAAGGUACCCUCUUUUUCUUUACAUUUGCAACAUAGAUUAUCACUGUUAUGGCAAAUCUUUGCUAGUUUUACAGGAGUCAAAUACCAUCUGUACAUCAUUUUCAUUGUAUUUUCCUUUAACACUGUACAUACAGUGAACUUGACCCCUUUCUUCCACAAUCUUUGCCAGUCUUCAAACAUUAUAUUAUGUCUAAUAUAAUUCCUAUGCCCCACAAAUAACCCAGAGAUGCAUUUAAAUAAAAGCACACAUUCUACUCAGGUAAAAACACACUGAUUCCUGGACGUCCGUGAGCCAGAUUUAGAAAGCGAUUGGGCCAGAUCCGGCCCCUGGGCCUUAGUUUGUCUACCCAUGAAUUAGAGCAUCUUCAAUAGGCUGCUGGUCUAAUACUGUGUUUGAGGAUGCACAGGUCAGGUCUUUUAGCUGCCUCUUCAUGUGUAAUCCCUACAAAAAAGUUAGUUCCUCCAGAGAUGAGGAAGCUUGCCUCAGAUUAAUUUGGAAAUUACUCAAGUUCUUUGUGGGCGGGGGGAGCAAAACUUUUCUCCAAGAAUAAUUUGGAAUAUCGCCCCCCCCCACUAAUGCAAGGGCUCAUAAAUAUUGCAUACCCUUCUUCUCUGUUCCUUCUCCCUCUCUGAAAAAAAGCCAUUUACGCCAGGCCACGCUCCUCUCACGCUCCUCCCUCCCCCCCUCUUUUUGUUCUGCUGCAGUGGGUAACAGGGUGGUGGGGCAUGGGGAGCCAUGUGAUAUGUCCUGUCCCCCACAAAGGCUGCCGCACUUGAGAAAGCUACAGGGCAGCUCCCCUUAAUUCCAGAGAGUACCCGCCCGAGUUCUGUGGCUGAUUGCACCACAGAAUUCUACAGAAAAGCCCACAGAAUUUUAGUAGUUUUUGGCUAUCUCAGGAAUCUGGUGAUUAUUCCCUCCUUAGGUAUGGAGAAGGACUACACAAAGUGGUUGGCUCACUCCAGCAAUCCCAAUGACCCUGCAGAUGGCUGCAUAUUGGGCUACAAGGAGGAAUACCUGCGCCUUCGCAAGUCAUCUUUCUGUCAGAAUGGCCGAGACUACGUUGUGACCAAGCAACCAUCUGUCUGCACUUGCACUUUAGGUGACUUCCUCUGGUAUGUUUGGAGAGUUCCUCCCAUAAUCUAUUUCCAUGGCUGUGUUUUUUUCUGUUCUGAAAUGGCCUGGGGAGUGACCAUACUCCCACCAUGCCACCUUUGAGCUUCACUGAAAUAUUAAAUCGGACUCUGCAGUUCAUUUUCUGAAAUAGUGAGAUGGGGAACCUGUGGCCCUCCAGGUGUUGGACUGCAGCUCUCAUCAGCCCAACCAGCAUGAUUAGUGGGAUCUGCAGCCUAGCAACAUCUGGAGGGCCACAGGUUCCCCAUUCCUGACAUAUGUAGAAUUGUGGUUUUAUGACUCUAUAAGUGUGAGGUUUUUCAAGGAGGCAGUCAAAUGAUUAAACAUUGAUUAAAUGUGGUGAAACUUGGGGGUUCUCAGAAGAAAUGCCACAUUUUGCAAUCCAGAUUCCAUUAUCAGUAUAACAAGACGUGCAGGUUAAUGCUGGUCUAUUUUCUGUGGCUGAAGGAGCAUGCAAGCUUUUAAGCAGGCAGAUCUUUCACAAACAGAUGCAGUUGCACAUACCUACGCCAUUUAUUUGAGACAAAAGUGGCAGAAAUCCUCUACACUACAUCUCAAUGGCUUCUCAUUUAAGCCACCAGCUUUUGCAGUAAAUAGUCACGUCUGAUGUUCAGCUUUGCUUGUGUGUGCUGCUUUUAAAAGGCCCUCACGAUAACUUCUGUGGGGAGCAUUCAGCUGUGGAAAAAUGAACAACGAAAAGGGUGGAGUGUAAUUUAAGAAGACGGAAAAUAGUGCAGACAUUAGGGAGCAGAACUGUGUUGCUGGUAGCUUGUUCUACUGGACUCUAGCAUGUACUGGCUCAUUCUGAUGACCUGUUUAACUGAGCAUUCAUCCUGAUUGUUUGCACAGAUAUAAUACUGCACAACAUCAGCAUCUCACACUUUCCAGUGCAUUUCCCCAUCCCUUUUGUUACCAGAAAAAUCCCAGGGUGUUUUGCAGGGUGGGGGGGAUUAUAAGCAGGUUUAUUGUGCAAGAGUGCCAAAUUCACUUUAACUGCACAAACUGAAUUUGCUGGUAUAUGAUUAAUUCAUACCUGAAAAUAACGAGACUGAACAUGGCCUUUGCAUCCCUUAAACUUGCAGAGCCAUAUUCCAGAGUACACAGAUUACUGCAAUAAAUGUGUGUCUUGAGCAGUGCUGGACUCAAACCUGAGUGGCUUCUUUUUUAAACCACUCAAGGGGGCGGUGUAUGUGUGAACUGAGCAUGCCUUCAAAAAGAGCAAGGUGGGAAUAAGCAGAUAUUUCCACUACCACCACCUUAUUAGAUGGCUAAAGCACCUUGCUUUUCUCUUGAAAUGUUGUGUAAACAAAAGCAUCACACUCACAGCAACAUGGACCUCAUUUUGGUUUCCAGCUUGGCAGGACUUCCUGGAACACCCAAGCUUUAAGAAGCUGUUUUUAAAAGCUGAAAUUUUGUGCACACUUGCAGCCAUGGAAAGCUUUCUGUAUGCUGGCUUACAUCCCAGCAGUACUUCCUGGUAUAUCCAUAUGGCUGCUGACAUCACAUAGUUAUGUGGGUGUUCCAGGAUGUUUUGUUGAAAUGGAAGCCAGUGUAAGUUCUGAACUACUUCAAGUGAGCUCAGUGGGGAAAAAGAGGGUUCCUUAGCCACCUCAUAUGGUUGAAUAAGACAAGCAGUGCGCACACACACAAAUUUCUACAAACGUAGCAGUGGUGAAAGGUGCAGAAAACAGCUCCCCAGUUUGCAAAGGGGCAAAUGACCUUGCAAAAUUGGAGGACAAGUUUUAGCCUAGCACUGGUUUUUGAGUGCUGGGGAAAUGGAGAGAUCAAUCUGGAUUUCUCACAAUAGAUUUUGAGGCUGUACAAAACCAGUAAUAACAUUGAUGUCAGUCUGGUUGUGGGGUUGUUUUAGAGGGCCCUAGAAGGAAUCAGAACCCAAUAUCUCUCUCAUCUUCUCCCACCAGCUGUUGGUUUUUGAAUAUUUAAAAAACAUUUUCAUUCACAGCCAGUUUAUCAAGCAGCACUGAAAUGGGUUUCUGUUCUAAUUUUUCAGUUUGCAUGGGUUCAUUGUUGACACUGCAUCUGCUUUCCAUUCCGGGCCACAUUCAUUGCCAUGGAUACGUGUGCUGCAUAUUAGCAAAUUAGAUUGCUAAUGCUUGGUAGGAAAUAAUUCAGGGUUGGUAAACCUGUGGCCUGCCAUUUUUGGUGACUCACAACCCUAGAAUCAUAGAAUCAUAGAAUCAUAGAAUCAUAGAGUUGGAAGAGACCACAAGGGCCAUCGAGUCCAACCCUCUUUUUUUCUUCUGGCACCUCUUUUUAAUUUUUUGAAAAGCUCCACAUCUCCCUCUGGUGCAGUGCCUUUUUUAGGAGCUCCUGCAGGAAGGAAACAGAAAAGUCUUCUAAAGCCUUUUCUCUUUCUUCUAAUGUCUUCUAACAUGGGAACCAUUUAUUCCAAUGGUUCAGUGUCAUUCAGAGUUAAGACCCUGAAGACAUUUUUCUUUUCCUUGCUAUUACAGCACUAGGGUAGAAGGAAAGCCCCCAAGCUAGCAAUGGGAAGAAAAAACACAGGGAAUUCUCCCCUCUGCAGCCCCAACUUAAUCAGCAUUUGUCUUCUUGUCUGUUUGGUGUGUGUGUGUUGGCUAUACCCACUUCAACCACACUCACUGCUGGCAUGUGGCUCUUGGCAGUAUGGCUAACCCUCAAUGCAUCUAUUGGGCUGAAAUGUAUUUGCCACCCCUGAAGAAACUGGAUGCUUCAUCAUAGGGUAGUUUCUCCUCCUGAAUGUUCUGUCAGUAUAAUGGGCCAGUGAUACAACUAGGCAUGUGAAGUAUUAUCACCAAAUUCCCGAAUAACCAUUAAAAAUGUAUAAUUCUAGUUUGAGCAACCACAUACUAGGUCUUUUAGUUACAGCAAUAAUGAAGUGAUGCAUGAGUCGAUACUCAUACUGUGUGUGGGUUGUUAAUGUCUGUCUUCCUACUCUUGGGAUUUGUGAUGCAGUGAUUUUGGCUACUACCGCCCAGAAAACCAUUCCAAGUGUGUGGAGCAGCCAGAGCUGAAGGGGCAUGACCUAGAAUUUUGUCUAUAUGGGAAGCGAGAGCGGCUAAAGACCAGCGGGUAAUUUUCUAUGAUUAUAAUAGAUUAUAAUAGAUGGAGGAGAUCGCUUGGUCCUGUGUGUACUUGUUUUUAUAAAACAGAUAUAUGUAGUCUACUGGGAAGAGGACUAUAUUCUGAUGCCCUGCAAAUACGCUAUAAAAUUAUUCUCUUCCUCUCUCUGAACACGCUGUGUUUCUAGAACAGUAAUAAUCUCCCUUAGAAUCAAAAUAUGCCCCUUGCUGUUGUGACCAUGGCACUAUAUCUCUCAGUAGAAGAUGUAGUAUAGCCAUCUGUAAUACAUUUAAGAUGAUUCAUUCUGUAUUCUGUACUGGGUGGGGAGAUAGUUCUCUAGAUAGAACUAUCUUGGCUUAUAAAUUUUGUGGACCAGAAGCAGCUGAAAUAAUUUAGCAUGACAUGUGCAUUUAUUGUUUGAGGAUUCUUGACUUUCAUGUCAUGUGACUUCCAUGUUUUCUUGGAGGCCACAGCAGCCCUAUAGACCUGACAUGCAUACCCCUCUAGGUGCCCAGCCCUGAAAGAAUCAUGGCUUUGGGGAAUGUUGGAGAGGUGAUUUGAGGAUACCCAGCCUGGCAAUGGUGAAACCAUGUUCUCGACUUCCCACUGAUGCUUGGACAUGAAGGGGUUAGCUAAUUUUAGGUGGCUUGGAGAGCUGUCACUAAUAAAAGAAGCUUCGCAAUAAUAGAUUAUUGAGACUCUUGUUGAAUUUCAGAUAUCGGAAGAUCCCAGGAGACAAAUGUGUUGGCGGGGAAAAUCCCAUCCGUGAAGAGACUGAUCUGAAGAAAAAAUGCACUAGCAACUACUUGAACUCAAGCCAGCUGGUAAGUUUUUAAAACUGCAGAAAGAACUGUAGUGGGGCAAAGAGAUAGAGGAAGGGUGGGCAACCUUUUUCUCCUGGCAAGGGCCAUAUAUCCUUGGGUUAUUCUGUGUGAGGCCACAUGCUGGCAGGGGAAGACCACUGGUGAGUGGAAUCAUCCCUUUUUCUCUCUCUGAACCCCCUUCUCUUUUUCCUCCCCAAUGUGCUGGAGUGACAGAUCACUCUUGUCAGAGGCCUGCAGUGAUGGCAUGCAGGGGGUCAAUUGAAAUUGGGCUGGGGGCUGCAUAUAGUUCAGAGGCGGCCGGCUGCCCAUAUAUAUGAGAGGGAGAAAGAGAGUAAUCUAACCAAUGUAAAAAGAGUGCUUGAAAAACAGCCCAUUUGUAGUUAAUAUUUGAGAAGCAGAUUUUCUUAAAAUGCUUUGCCAAUAUUAACCUUGACUCUGUUCAAGCAGUAAAAUGAAUGAGCUUUCCAAAUUGGCUGCUGAAGCUGCGGUUUGGUAUUCUGAACUAAGUAGUCAAAUUUCACCCUUUCAAAAAUCAGCUGUUUCAUUCUCUCCCCCCAAAUCUUUAUAAUCCUCCUGUGAUCCAUGCAGGACAAGAGAGUAAGUUAUUGAGGUAUGGAGAAUAUGCUAGGAGAAUCAUUAUAGAAAUGACUCGGUAAUUGAAGUGAUCUAAUAAUUUGUCAUAAAAUCUUAAUGCAUCUCUCUCUUUUCUUUCUGCAGUCUACUUCCUCCAACUCCACUCCAGUCAUCCUGGCUGUAAUAGGCUUGAUGCUUAUGACUGCUGUAGCUGGAGUAGUCAUCAUUAAGAAAUACGUUUGUGGAGGAAGGUGAGCCUUGGGAAGGGAUUGGCAAGACCAUUCUUACUUUUAACUAUCAUUCAGUUAUUUUUAUGCUGCCUUUCAGUGCCAGAGACUCUCCCACCACAGAAUUAAGAGCAUGAAACCAAUUCAAAAUAGAAAAACAGUAGCCAUGUAACAUAACACAUACAUAAAACAGCAGGAGUUGUAACUAUAAAAUCACCAACCUUAUUCAGUUAAAAGCAGAUUGGGAUAGUGAAGUCAGUAAGGCCCAUUUAAAACAAGUCAGAGAAGCUUCUGUGGGAAGGAGUUCCACAGGGACAGGGCCAUCCUGAAAGGUGCUCUUAUGUUUGUCGACCUGAUAGAUCUUAGUGGUAGGUCUUUGUGGCUGGUCUUGGAGCCCAAACAGAAGUGUAAGCAAUUGUUCAAAUUGCCAGAUCCCAAAUGCUUUAGGACUUUAAAACUAACAACCAGUGCUUUAGAUUGGACCUGAAAAUACAUUGGCAACCACUGUAGUUAGUACAGAUAAGGCUUUAUAUCAGACUACAGCUGUUUAUGGGGGCCAAGCAGUCUGCACCAGCUGGCACUUCUAAAUUGUCUUUAAAAGCAGACCCACGUACAGCACAUUAUAACCCAAUCUGAUGUAACCAGGGCAUGGAUUACCAUAGUCAGAUCCACUUUCUUCACAAAGGAAUGCCACUGGCAAAUUGACCACAACCCAUAAGGAGUGCCUGACAACUGAUGUCAUGGAUACCUCCAUAAACUGCUCUGAGUCCAGGAGAACCCCCAAACUGCAAACGUGAUCAUGGCAACCCUGGUCACACAUUCCUAGAUCAGCAGGCUUGCCUGCCCACAGUACCUCUGUCUUGCCUGAUUUUGAGCUUCCCAUAGACAUCUAGUUGGCUACUGUGAGAAGAGGAUGCUGAACUAGAUGGGCCAUUGGCCUGAUCCAGCAGGCUCUUAUAUUCUUGCCUUCAUCCCUCAUCCAUCCCAAUACCUGUUCCACAACUUUGCUAGGAGAGAUAAAACUACAUGCCAGCUGCAUACCUACGACACUUUAGCCCAAAAUGACAGAUGGAUUCAUGUAGCAUUGUUGCACUGCCAGGUUUUUUGUUUGUUUGUUUGUUUUAAAUCCUAUAUAGGUUCUAAAGAUACCCAAUGUUUAUUGGCUUAGACCAGAUAAAACAGCCAGAGAAAUGGUGUCUCAGCAGCAACUGAUAUAAAGUUCUUCCAAAAGUCUCUGGACAUUAUAUUCACUUCUGUUCAAAGAAUGCUUGCCCAUAGGGCCAAGUUCAUUUCAUGUGUGUUUGUCAUGCCCCUAGGUUUCUGGUUCACCGAUACUCUGUCCUGCAGCAGCAUGCGGAAGCGAACGGCUUUGAUGGCGUUGACACACCAGAUGCCAAUAAAACGGGCUACCAUGAUGAUUCUGAUGAGGCAAGUGAUUGUAACUGAUGUGUAUGUGUGCACACCAUGCAUCUUUCUGAGCAGUACAUGGGCUAGAAAGAUAAAUUUGAACCCCAAGCAUGUGAUUUUGGCUUAUGUCACUUUGAAAAAGAAACAGCUGUAUAUCUCUGGGGGGCUAAGUGGGUUGUAUUUGCCACAGCAAAACCGCAAAGAAUCAUGAUCAUCAAAUGUUAACAAGAAGUAUUAUCUAUCCCUCUUUUCUUCCCAGGACCUUCUGGAAUAGUGAUAUUGCAGAUCUAACUAGAAUUGGAUUCACAUGGAUUUAGAUGCUGCUACAGAAGGGCACGAAUGCAGACGGUUCAUUUUACUUCUAAUUUGAAUGCCUUUUCCGUAUCCAAGGGAUUUUGUGUUCCUACUGCUUCCAUCAAACUGUCUAAAACCAAGAAGGCUGCAAGAACUGCUUUGGGUGGGUGGGUGUAGAAGGGGGAGAUACUGCAGUUCUGAAUAAGGAAGAAGGGAAACCUUUUUUAAAAAAAAUGUAACUUUGUUUUAAUCAGAUUUCUUUUUCCAACUCUUAAAGGAAAACUAAAUAGGAAUGUGAAAGCAACAUUUCAUUAAAUAUUAGCAUUACUAGGUACAACAUACCUUGCUACUAGGAGAAGGCUCCAAAUCCCUGGGUGGGGGACAUGUUCCACUCCAACACUGUGAUGACACUGCUUUGAAGCUGUUGCAGUGUGAGCAGCACUUCUCCUAGCAAGCAGGGCAAUGAGAUGCUAUGGCAGGGACUGAGAAAGCUAACCAGCAUCCCGGGGCUGUGUGCCAAAACAGGGUUGCUUUUCGUUUUCACUGAAGUGUAAUCAACUGGGCAGAUGUGUGCCGUGCAAAGCAGAGAUUAUUCCAAGGCUAGAAGCAACUCUGUGGCUCUCCGAUUCCAAGGAACUAAACUGUGAAAUCGGCAUGUGUGUUGCCAUAAAUCUAAAAAGCAAAAGCAUGGGGGUGGGGGUGGGGGUAAAUUUAUCAACUGUAAGACUAAGUAUACAGAUAUUCCAGAAAUAUGACUUGUUUAGAAUGUUAUGAAGGAACAGAAAUUGUUUGCUUUAAAUCAGGUUCUUGAAGGAAAGUUUUGUUGCGCUACCGGCAGCACCAUGAUGUUAUUAAGUGUUUCUAAUUUUCAUUAUAUUUUUAGAUUAUAUGUAGAUCAGUGGUUGCUACACAUGCACCGCUUUGCUACUAUGUUUUUCUGACUUCUGUUCAACAACACAGUUUGACUGUUAUGUGCCAUGUGGAAUCAUAACUAUUUCUCAAUAUUUUUUGGGUUCACAGAGGGUAUUAUGAAUUGAACCUGGAGAAGGUAGUAAGUUAAGUUUCUUGAACUCAGUAGCUAAAAGUUGGCCUGUUGGGAUGUGAAUUGGCGACGGAGGCAUCCCACUCCAGUAGCUAUUAUAGUAAGAACCAAGGGAUUCUUACUAUGGGAAUCCAUAGAAACACAAAGUAUUGAGCCAGUGCAUGGCAUAGGUAAUAUUCGGCUUCUGUUGCUUUGAAGGGACUGAGAUGCUUGGAGAGACAUGUUUGAACUUGAAAGACCUUCAUAACAUUCAGUAAUGUAUUUUCUUGAAUUUUGGUCCCCAGUGGUACUUUUUACAUUUAUCUUAGGACUUUGUUCUAUUCCAGCAUAGGUGAGUGAUUAGUCACAAUUUGUCCACACUUCCUGCUGCAUUUCCCCAGGGAAAACCACUCUUUUGUGCUUGAUCGCAACAAAUGGCAAUUCGGGUUGGGUUGCCAUUUGUUAAGAUCUAUUGCUAAAGAGCGGUUUUCCCUGGAGGAAAGCAGCAGGACAAGAGGAAGUGUGGAUAAGCCCCUAGACAAAAUAUGUUUCCCCACUCACCUGUGUUGGGAGCAUGGCAGGGUCUGAAUACCUUCCACAUACCACCUGUACCCUUAAUCUUGCUAUGAACGCCUAUACUGGAACUUGCCCCACUCUGCUUUUAUUCCCCAAGUGUUCCUGCUGGUGAGGCAGCACUACCAGGAAGGUCUCACUGGAGGUUUCAGGCUGAGGCUGCCUUUGCUCCCUUGUGGUGCUAGGACAUGCAUCCAGACACGAGGAGCCCUGGGACACAUAGUAUAUUUUCCCCAGGGUCUCUGGUGUGUGUGAUGCUUAAGGACCACCUUCCCCUUACCCAGCCCCAGUACUUCCCUAAGAUUAUCAGAGGAAAACUUGCUGGUAAUGCUGCAACCUGCUGAGUGUCAUCCAGCGACAGUCUGGAAGUGGUCCUUCUCCAUAGUGGCAUCUACCCUCUGAAUGCCACGCUUCGCAAUUUUUCAGGAGGCAUUGACUGUUGGGUAUUUCCACCAUUAAUCAGUUUAACUUGCCUUUCUUCAAAGAAGCAGGAUUUGUUAGAUAUUCAGUGGCUAUCAAUUAUGCCCUAGUGGUUAGGACAUGUUGCUAAAGGUCACAGAGCUUUCCACCCCUCUUUUUGGCAAUAAUGAGAGUCAGAAACAUGAAAUAAAGUGUCUGUCCUGGAUUUGUUUUUCCCACAGUUACUUUGGCUUUACUGUGCUUUUUUAUUGGGCCCUUACUUCCUCCCUUACAUCACUGCAUCAUUUGAUUAUAUCUCAGGGUGUCAUUGUCUUCCUUGGUAUAAAAUUAUUUUGUCCCUUGCAGAAGGUACCAGCGAGGAACACAUGGCAAGGAGGAACAUUUGUCCCUGGAAGACACUUGUAGCUUAUUCCACUUCUUGUUUAUUCUCACUCCAUUUAAACCUGGUACAGAAGCACACUUGCAUGUAAAUAAGAGUGCUGUUUACAGUCAAUGUUAAACUCACAGUAACUCAACCAGGAACUGAAGGGGGCUCAAUAACCUUGUGUCUGACAGCUGCUCCCAAACCCCUGCUCUUAACAUAUUUGAACUUCUUGUGUACAUCUGUUCUGUGCAGAGCCAGGUUCAAAUCGCUUUACUAUCCAUGUGAUGUGGUUGAAACUCUUUUAAGUGCUGGGCUGGGAUUGUGAUGGAAAGCCUGUAAUGUAGCUGGUGAAGACAUUUUCCAUUUCACUGAGAACAUAAUCUGAGUACUUACUCUUCCUAUUAUAUGUCCUAUUUUCUAUGUUUAUUAAAGCAUCUCUGGAAGGGUGGUUAGGUAAGGGAGUUCAUUACCGGGCAUGACCUGUUCUAUUGCUCCAUUUCUGUUGGUUCCCCUCAUAAGACACUAUACAUUGUGGCACAUUGGCUUAUAAAGUGAGAGCAUUCAAGGAACUAGAAACCUCAAUAAACUAACCAGGUCCUUGUAACUGUCACACACUUGCUGCCCUACACAACAGUAGCCUUGUCCUGCAUAGUGUUGAGUAUGUAGGUAACACUGCAUCUUCAUCACUGCUCUAAGGGUGCUGCCUAAGUGACAAAGCAGUCCUGGAAAUGUUGCCAUUGCAUGAGCUUUGAAGUAUCAUUGUCUCCCUGAUGUGUCUGUAAGGCAGACCAGACCAGACCAUGUGCAUAAUGGCUGUAAAAUAUAACAUAACAAAGAGUCAUAGUUAAUACACUCCUCUACCCAUAAUUUCUUAAGAUGUACAGUCUGAGGCAAGGUGCAGAAGAAAAAUAAAGGAGCCAUGUAUAGAGUUUGUAAAUAAGCCUGGCUAUAUUAUAAAUUUGUACUGGUAUUUUUCUGUAUAUUUGCAAUAUUUGGGUUAGAAAUAAAGACAAAAAUUGGGCUUUUA